AUGAUAACGCCGUACUUCCUGGAGAAUUUCUGGGUGAGUGGUGCUUUUUGUUCACGGUGUUUAUACCGGUGCUGUACCGUGUUAUUCUGCUGCUGCGCUCCCUCCACAUCACCUUCAUGUCAAGCCUUACUGAGGGGACAUUAUCAGCCGCCUCGUAGGUUGUCUCUUAAGCACGGGUGUCCGGUGCUUCCAGACUAACUGGUCAACAGCCCCCCAGCUAUGGUUUAAUUUCCUCGGCGAUUAUUAUUUUGCCACCCCGGGGUUUGGGCCUCUGGAAACCGAACUAACUUGAAAUCUCAAUGGACCCACCCACGCUCCCGGUAAUUGGCCGUGUCGCGCUGGCUCGGAAUGUUUAUGGUCACUUCUUUGAAUGCUAUUGGGCGACUCGGCUGUCAAUCACAGCCGUUGGCCGGCCGCGUCAUUCUGUACCGUCAUGAAGUUUCAGUGAGAGGCCAGAUGUUGAGUAAGUUAGAAUAGAGCUUUAAAAACACGAAAACCGUGUUCAUACCGAGACAAACAGUCAGGUCAGAUACUUAGACAGACAUCUGAACCGUAACUCCUCACAUUGUUCCGGAGCUGAAGCUUAAAGGUCAAUUCUCCUCUGAUUCGACGUGGCUCACUUACAGCAGGUUGUCUUUUUUGCUGAUAGUGCCAACCGCAGGUUUUACUACGGUCAGACUUUUAUGUCUCUUGCAUAAAUAAAGCAAAUUGACAGUGUCAGUAAAGGGGAAACUCCCGCCAUAGUUGUAAGAAGCCAAGCUAAAUCAUGUAUCGAGCUGUAACCACUACAGUAAGAGAAGAGGAGGUCAUGUUUUGGGGUUUCUUCUGGUUGUAUUUUGAAUCGUUUAAAACUUCAUACACACGCUGAUAAAUGAGGUGUUUCUUUGCUUUAAAAUCUUAUCAAUAAAUAUACAUAAAACUCUGAAAAUUUAGAGCUUUGUUUACGUUUUACAGUGCCAAUACAUACAGUGAUAUAUGUCAAGUAGGCUAUUGGGUGUUUUCAAUUAUUUAUUUUGGAUUGUACGGAAGCCUAAAGUUGCCAUACACUAAUACAUUUUAUUGAGUCCGUGUCCACCAUUUUCCCCCUUUUUUCUUUUUUUAAAAAAUGUAUUUAUUUAUUUAUUUUUGCAUCUUAGUAAAUCAGUGCUUGUUUCAUGCAAUAAAAAGCAAACUUUGAUUACUUUCCUAAGAUCUUGACUUAUCCAUCUUAUUUUGAGGUAAUAAUAAGAAUAAUGAUACAUUUUAUUUGUGAGCACCUUUCAGGCACAAUACCUUACAGGGCAAUUAAAAGGCAUCAAUAGAACAGUGAAAUCAAUAAAAAAGCACAUCAACACAACAAAGUAAAUAAAAAAGUUGUAAGUCUGGACUCUGCAGCAGAAUAUCAUAUGCUAUAAUGAAACGUUGUUUUGUCAUGAUUGUAUAAUUUUCUGGCAAUUAAGACGACAAAGCAAUAAGUUUGUCUACAUUAGGUUGAAAGAAAUCAAUUUUUUGCUGAAAUUUCAUGUUAACACAUGAGCCUGUCUGAAAUAGCACCGAGCUGAAUGUUUUAAAGUUGAUCUUACCUGCCUAGAUUAUACGACUGGGGGUUGAUUUUGUCUUCCUAGUUUUCUUAUGAUGACCGUUAAAUUUUCUGUCAACUAAUAAAACACUAAACUACACUGGUCUCCCAGUAUGUCAACUGAAACUGGAUUUUGAAAAUACGAGUUAGCCUGUCUGAAAUAGCACCAAACUGACUGUCUCAAAGGUUAUCUAACCUGCCCAGAUUAUAUGAUUGGGGGUUGAUAUUGUCUUGCUUGUCAUCUAAUGAUGACUGUUUUAAUUUUCUGUCAACUAAUAAAACACUUAACUACACUGGUCACCCAGUUUGUCAACUGAAACUGGAUUUUUGAAAUACGAGUAAGCCUGCCUGAAAUAGCACCGAGCUGAUUAUUUGAUUGAGGAUCUAUUCUCUGUGACAUGCGUAGACUUGGGCACUGACCAAGAAGUCGUAUAGCGUAAAUGCACGACUAAGAAUAAUAAGUAAAAUAAAUAGAGAAAAAUUAUAUUUAUAAGCAGUACAUAGACGUAUGACCAGGUAGCUUCUUGUCAAGUUGUUUGUUGAUUGUUUUGGUGUGUGACAUCAGCUGGCAUAGUGGAGGCUGACACUUUUGUCAAUGAAUCGGCGGCAGUGCUUGUGAAUGUUUUACGCUUUUGCAACUCUGAUUGUCAUCUGAUGUUGAGUAAUUAGCAUUAUUAUGGUAAAACAGACUACAUAAAAGGUGUUGCUGAUUGUCUGCUUAGAGCAUUUAUCCUGAUGCAGUAUUUCACCAUAUUUCUCAACCACUUCUCUGUUUACUCUAACAUGGGAAAACAGCUCUUCUGUCUGGCCUCGUUUGACCUCAAGUCCAGGUGGUGAAGGGUAUUGGAGCCACAAAAUGACUCUAGUCAGGGAAAAGUCACUGAGUAGUUAAGAAAUACAGUACUGUCCAUCUAUAAAGCCUCCUUCUGAAGGAGACUUCAUCAUUAACUAAAUGGGAGAGAGGAGAGCAGAGACACUUCUGAUUCUUCAAUCUGGCCUUUGUGCCCCUCAGCGGGCCACAAGAGAAUCCAGUGAUGGCAAAGAUCAGCUGUGCGUUUAACAUGCAGGACACACUCACACAUGCAGUCUUGGCAUUAGGGGAUGCAUCCAUUUCUCUUUGAGCCGACUGCAAAUCAUCACCUCAGGGACACACAUGCACAGAUCAUAAGCUCUCAUAUCAUACACCAAUCUGUCAUUCAUUCCUUAACUGUUUCACUCUCUAGUCUGAAAAAGAAUUUAAGUUAAAUCUCUUUCCUUGUACGUAAUCUGGGUUUGAAUCUCUCAUGAAGACAACACGUUCCCCUCAGCUCAGUAAACAAGUUCCUGAGGAAUUAGGAGCCAGACGUGAUACAUCAGUGUUUUUUGUUGUUUCUUCAGUGAAAGCUGUCGCCUUUGAAUGCACUGCGACUUCAACAUUUCCGCUCACACGCUUUACUUGCACAUCUGAAAUGGCCAUUUCCCCUUUUUUCUGUGUUUGUGCAUGAGUCAGUCAGUUUACUGUGGCCUUCAGGUGAAAAACUGACAAAAAAAAGAAAUAUUGACCUGGUGUAUCAGCUGUGAGGAUGUUUAUAUUUUCAAGCAUGACCUUAUUGAUGACAAAACCCCUGAAUUAAGGUGAAAAAAGUUGUUAAAAUCGAAGGUCCUGUGAGGAGUUUUUAACUUGUUUCAAUUUUUGUGCCCCCGUGAACAAAGCAGCCUUUCCUGAUCUGUUAAAUGAAAUACUACUAAGAAAACAGGCCUUUGCCUGUCUGAAAUAGCACCGAGCUGAUUAUAUGAUUGCGGAUCCUUUCUGUGACAUGCGUGAACCUCAAUCAGACCUUAAUUGGCACACUGGGCACUGACCAAGAAGUCGUAUAUCAUAAAUGCGUGACUAAGAAUAAUAAGUAAAAAAUGUUGGAAUAGGAAAAAUAAAUUAAAUGAAAUAUUAAAUAAAUCAUUUAUCGGUAUUUUGUGUGGACUUUGUAUUAAAGGCAUAGUUGGUGAUGAUGUUCAGAGACGCUUUUUGUUAUGGUGGAUGAAACGGUCCUUCCACCUUGAAAGUAGUCAAUUCAUUACGUAUUCAGAAAGAGAAACGAAAAGAAUCCAAGAUCUGUGGCAACCGCAGGACUAGAAAAACUUUGACCAAUCAUGGCAAUUGCUCUGCGUGUAAAGAACCAAUCAGAUGCCUUCAAGUCUCACCCUGCAGGUUUAUGCAGUUUUGAUGGAGCAUUUCUCUUUCAGUGGGUGCCACUUUUCUACAUACUACACAGGGCUGGACACUAACUUUUUUCACAAAGUAAGGAGCACAAAAAGAACUUAAGUGGCAUAAUGAAAAUUGAUCAAAUAAUGUGUGUCUUAUUGGUCGACAUAAGUACUAUUAUUUGAAAUCAAUUUUAGGUCAAUUAGUCAUGUGUAAUGGAAACUAUUGAAGAAAAUGUUCAAAAUUUGCCUUUAAAUUCAACACAAGUUUUAUUUUCAGAGGACAAAUUAGGGAAUUAUAGAGGUGUGUCUUGUCGUCCGACCUUAGUACUUUUAUUUGAAAUCAAUUUUUGGUCAAUUGGUCACAUGACAUGGAAUUUAUUGAAGGAAAAGAGCCUUUUUUGAGAACAUCAACCGGUAAUUUAUUGAUGGUCCCUUAUUUAACACCCAACGUUGGCAGCGAGGAUGUUGAGCAGAUUUAACCGCGCUGCUGUUGUUAUUCCAGGUUAUGGAGAGUGAGAAGACACCAGUAGAUCCACAGUGAAUGACCGUUGAAUAUCCAACCUAAAACUAACUUUGCCGCGGUAUCUACAUGAAAAACAUUUGUUGCCCUCAGCUGAUUUUUCUUUUUUUGCACACAUGUGCCCCUAAAUACAUUUUUUCUUUUCGCACUCAUCUAUUUUUAGUUGCAAAUGCUAGUGAAACGGUCACAUGUCGAGCCCUGUUACGGUACUGCUAUAUCAGCCAAAAGACUCAACAAAGAGUGUAACUUAAAGCUCCUGCAAGGAGUUUUUGGCUUUUUACGAAAUACACUGAAAUAACUUUUAAUGCCUUUUCAUGACAUUCAAAAGCAAACAACAGAAACGUUCCUUACAGGAGCUUUAAGUUUUCCAAUGGCUCAGACAAUAAUCCGAAAUUUCUCAAAGAUUACAAGAAUAAAAAUCAAUACUUUCAAUAUUUAUGGUAUCAGCCCCCUAAUGUUGUGAUUAUACUGGAUAUAUGUUAUACCAGUAGUCUAGAUUCACAUAAGGACAUGGUCUAGUGAUCCACAUUUGUCUCCACAUCCAGAGUAUGCUAAGUUUAUACGUUUAAUGUGGAGUCUGUUGGCCUCCAGCAUGUCAUGGGAAGAUAGCAGUGUGAUAAGCACACAGUGUUGAUACAGCCAACAGCCCCAGGAUGCCAUUCUGCUCCCUGCUGCGGUGAAUCUGUGUGUGUUUAAGUGUGUGUGGUCUGCUAGAUUCACUCAUACUGAAUUCACGUUUUUAAGACACACUCCCUCAAGUUACUUUAAGACUUAAAACGUUGCAGUAAAGCAGCAAAAUUCUGUUUUUCAGGGAAAGUUUUUGCAAAGCGGAGCUGCCUGUGAGGCUCCAAAGCGCCGUGAGAAUCUGUGAAAUGUCUUUAAUAUUCCUCCAGGGGUCAAGAGGUUUUGGUAAACAUUGACUUUUGCUCCACUUGAAACAAAAAUCCAGCCCCAUAGUGGUUGUUGUCUUUAGCUUUUAUCACUUGGGCGUUAAACUCAUUCACUCCUCUGUGUAAGCAGGGGUUUUAGAGCUAGCAUAGCUUCUGCUAAGCUAACCAGUUUUUGAGUUUAUGCAAAGGGAGUUACCUCGAUGUCACACCUCUCACCGUUCAGUGAUGGUCAAGUCCGCUGUUGUGAAUGUUGAUACUGCAAACAAAGCCCAACCUGUGUGUGCUCACCACGCAGCACACCGGUUGGGUUUGUGUUGGUGUUGUUGUGUGAUGUGACAGCUCAGUGCACCGCUCCCAGGCCGCUCUGGUCACAUGACCGAGGGGCAGACGCUCUGAUGUCACACUGCUGUCUGCUGGAGGCUCUGUACAGUCUGUUUUGGUGGGUGGGGGGAGAAAGCAGUGUUUGGAUGAUCCUGAAUUCCUCAGUGAGUACAGACGCACUUUUUUCCACUGCACCUUUUGUAAAGCGUCAUGUCAGCUUUAAAUUUCCCCAUGGGGAUUUUUCCUAUUUUCUCUAAUGCUUGUGGAAAUUAUUAAGCCCCUUUUUAAACAAUCUAUAAUUCAUUUGAUGCUCUUAAAUGAUGAGUACACACACAGUUUACCACACUGACUUAAGCAGCCAUGGAAAAGCUGAUCUUCUUGGUGCCUCCAGUUUAAAAGAGGUGGUUUACUUUGUCUGCACAACAAUUUGCACCGAUUUUGGUGGACAAACAAAGUCCAGUCCUCUUUCCUCCUUGUAGGGCUGGGCGACAAAACGAUAAUGAUAUAUAUUGAAAAUUAAUUUCCCUCAAUAUCAAAAUAAAAUAUGGUCAAUAUCCUUUUUCGAUUGUCGGCAUUCUGCCAUGUUUUGGUAGACUAUACGAAUAGUCAAUGAAAAGGGGAGUUGCUCAGGGUCCGCUUCGCGCCGAACCAAUCGUGCUGAAUUAGAACCAAGUAGCAAACAAUUGAGUAGUAGCCAACAGCAAUGUCGGUGAGAAAAAAAGAAAAUGAGUGCUACCCCCAACAGAAAUGCAAAUGGGGGCUCAACAGAUGAUGACAUCAUUGACAACACCCGCACGAAAAUAUCGGUGGUGUGGAGGUGUUUUGUCUUUUUGAGGUCGGACGUGAAGCAGAGUAAUGUGCACUGCUAAUUAUGUUGAAUUAUAGAGCAGUGCCACACGCAGAAGGUUACAAACCCCGGGCAGAGCAAGUGCAAAGCAGCCCAUGGCGCCUGUGCAGCCGAAACAGCCGAACCAUUCAGUCCGCUUUCUCAGACGCAACACCUUACGACAAAACGUCGAAGAGACACAAAGACCUCACAGAUGCGGUAGCUUAUUGUAUUGCAAAAGACAUGCUAUCUAUAAGCACUGUUAAAUUUCAUUUUUCAUAUCGUGAUAUCAAUAUCAACCGAUAUGAAAAAAAAUAUCGUGAUAAAGUUUUUCCCAUAUCACCCAGCCCUACCUCCUUUUUUUUGGUCGUUGCAUGUGAGAGGAGCACAUCUUGACAAAGUUUUGACUUUAAACGCACACAAUUCCUGAAAAUGUCCAGAAAUUACCUGUGUGAGCUUAACCUGCUCUCUGCAAGCAUCAGCAGGGGAGUCAGUGUUUUGUCUAGUUUUGCCAUUCAGAUUAACAAUGCAGCUGGAGCACAAAUCGAUCACAGAGGUGGUUGCUUCGCUUUAUUUCUGAAUGUUUUCACUUCAAAAACAGGGAUACAAGUACACUCCAUUUUUUCAGGGUCUGUAAAAGUGCGAUAAAAUGAAUCAUUGAGGAGUUGAGAAUCUUGAGGAGCAGCUAACAGGACAAUAAAGAUACUUAAAUUGCCCCAUUUCCUUCAGACUACCUUGUGAAUAAAAACAAUGUUUCAGUGCCCUGAAAUCAGUAAAAGUUUAGAGUCUUUCCAGCUGAGAUCAUCAUCCCGCUUGUCUUUUAUUGUUCGAAGAAGAAUGUCAGUGUAAUGUUGUUCAGAGAUAUUAGCCAGCUCUCCUUCCAUGUCAUGGGUUUCAUUACUGCCUGUCAGGCAAUAAACACUUGAUUCCCUGCAUGCAGGAUAUUGAAACCGGUGUUGCAUUCUCAGAGAUGGUCUGAAUUCCUGUCUUCUUCUGCCGGGCAGAUGUUACAUGAUAACUGGAGCGCUGUGGAGGAUUUUAUCAGCUCUUUCAGAUGGUGUUUCAGAUUGAGGAUUUGUUAAGUUCUGUGCAGUCUUAACUCUUAAAUUGUUGUUGAACUCAGCAUUUACCUGUGUUACAAUAGGACUGUCUGAGAUUUAAGCUGCAUUUGUGGAUGCAGUGUUGAACUGUGUUCACAAAUGGUGGUUUUUGAAGUGAUUUUAAGCCCGUGUGACAAUUUCCACAACAGAGUUAGGCCUGUUUUUAAUGCAGUGUUAUCUGUGAGCUUUAAGAACAAAGCCAUACAGUAUUUAAAGCAGUAAACAGCAUUGUAGAAAGUAAACAGAAACCUCAGUGUGCAAUGAACCAUAUUAUAUGUAUAUUCUGUACGCAUAUAGUAAAUAAGACUCGUAUAUCUUUUUUUUAACUCUAAAGGUCCUUACACACCGGGAACGUUUUUUUUCGUGCGAUUAUUUCGGACGUCAAUAUUUUUUUUUAACCCGUAUCCUGUCAAUACAAGCGUUCACAUCAGCGAUGUUUUCUCAUCCUGCGACAUUGCGGCAUUUAUUUCUUCGUUUCACGGUCGAUUUUUCUAAAGUUUCGCAUACUGUGUGUACACUUCUGACCAAUCAGAUUCCGUGUUGUUGCAGCGUCAGAUUCACCAGUAUAUCCCACAUGGCCGACUGGCUGAUUGUUUACGUGUCGGAGAACAGAGUGCUUUUUGAUAAAAGACACAAACAUUACAAAGAAAACGACCUGAAGGACAACUUGUGGCGGAUCAUGGCUUCAGAUUUCUCAUAUGACGAUGGUUUUCGUGCUUUAACAGUUUGCUAAACAUCUUUGUUUCAACUUUCAUCUGAGCUAAGUAACUUUAGCUCGUAAGCUAACCUGUUCAGAUACAACAUACCAUAUGUAUUUUCACUGUCUCAAACUCAACCACGUUGCUGUCACAGCACCAUUAGGUCUCGGUUGUUAACUUACGUUUAUGGAUUAUAGUUUAAUGUGCUUAUCUGGUACUGACCCCGACUCAGUACAUGCUAUCAUGACAGACAGUCAUCUCAACACUAGUGUCUAAUCAGAGCUGAAAAACAGUCAGUCUGCUGUUGUGUCAGUCUUCUCGCUUCCACCAGGGACACAUCUUUUUCCCCCCUCAAAAGUUGCAAAAUCGCAUCGCGCUUGAUGUGUAUAGUCAGGCACGUCAAAAUUCGCCUCUGAAUAUUUCUUAAUUUCGUGUUGUAUAUUUGCAUCAUUCCCAGUGUUAUGACCUUAAGUUUCUUGAUUCUUUAAUUUCUCUUUUUUAUCUGUAUUUUGGCUGCUGUAAUUUUGGAAUUUCCUCCUGUGCGGCUAUUAAAGGAAUAUGUUAUAGAUGUUUUUCUUAUUUUAAUCUGUGUUUUAUUGCAUAAAAUGUGAAUAAGUUCUUCCAUUUUAAUCUAGACUAUAACUUUUUAUACCUGUGGAGCUGGUACAGUUUGCAACGUCCAACAAAAUUCUACUUGCCAAGAGGGGACACACCAAAAUCUGGCUCUAGGGUGGACCUUUUGCAUUUUUGGGGGAGGGGAGAAUCGUCAGCUGUUUGCAACCUUAACACCAGUUACCACAAAUCGUAUAGGUGUGUAUUUUAAAGCCUUUUUUGGGGGGGUUUAGGUACAUUUCCCCGAGUAAAUACAAUGCUGCAGAAGCUUGCAAGCAUAGCAUAGCAUUAGCUCUCUUGCUAAGUUUGGCCAUAGGACUCUAGUGCUAGAGUAGUGAACAAAGUGACCGUUGCACAAGAACCUAACAGCAUGGUCAUGAUUGCUUCAAGUAUUAGUCACAUCCUUGAGAGUUUUGGCUCGUGAACAAACCGAGACUCUGAUUUCCAAACACUUCAGAACAUGAAUGAAUGGUUUUCUGUUUGUGUCUUUGGAUACAAGCACAAUCAUGUUGUCCAUUAUCAAUAAUUAAUGGACUGCUUAGAGGUAAUCACCCAUUUAUUUAUGAUAAUGUGCCCUUUGCCUCGAGUUAUACUUUGCUUUUAAGUCCAACAAACGCUCGGCUGUUGUGUUACCACAGGUUUCUGCAAAUGAAUAGACAUGUCAGUGUUAAAACAAUUGAAUAACUUUAACUGUUAAUGUGAAAUUGUGCUUAAAAGUUAUCCCAUUUGCUGCUUUUCCCAUCAAAGCGUACCUUUUUCCACGCCGCUGAGGUUAACGACUCUUCCCAGCAAAAGCGUUGGAGCGCGUUCAACCAUGACGUAAGCUGUCUGGUUGCAGGGCUGUUACCUACACUAAUUUCAGCCCCUCUUUAGCCCAGCCCUCUGCAGUCUGGGCAGUGUAGACAUAGUGAUGGGACUGGCUCAGUGAAUAUUGAUCAACCUCCUCUGCUCUCCUACACACUCUCAUUGAACUCUGCCGGAGAGCUCUCUCUGCAGCGAACAGACUGUGAUUGACACAUCUGUGCUAACCUCUCAGUGCGUUAUCCUCCCUUUGGGGUGGGGUAAGGUGAAAUUAAAAAUCAUCCAGUUUUGCAGUUCGCCUAAGUCCAUCACCUUAAACAAACUUAGGCCAGGUGUAGACACACCAUCAUUUCUGGUUAGUAUGUGGUUUCCUGUGCCAUUUUGGGGGGAUAAGUGGUUUUAUGUGUGGUUUUCCUCUUUGACUUUGACCUCCUCUUCAGAGCAGCAACAAAUCGUGUCUCUGAUUUCCAAAACAGCAGUCAGACUACAAACCAGUUUUUCAGUUCAUCUCAGUCCAACUCGAACAGUUUUGGGCAAAGAGAAGACGGCGUAAUCUCUAAAGCAUUUGUGGUUUCCUCUUGACAUUUCUGGUGGUUUCCUCUUAACAUGGUGCAAUUCUGAACUGUGCUUGUGAACGCAGCAGCAAACACAGAUUUUGAGCUCAUGCUUUGAUUUACACUGCCUGUUUUUAAGGCAAAACAACUAGAGGAGACCACGACUGAUCACCAAAGAUCACUCCAGGUUCUCUCAAUAUUUGAUGAAAUUUUGUUCUUCCAGGUUUUUUUUUUUUUUUUUUUUUUUGAGGUGUUUUGUUGUCUCUGUCUUGUUGGCAUCACAUUUAGGAGCUUUUAAGUUUUAACCAUUUAUAUUUUGUCUUUGCAUUUAUUUGAAUUUAAUGUACUUUUAGAGGAAUUUUAAAAUUUCUUCUUUUAAUGAAUAUUUUACAGAUUAUUGCAACUGUUUUUAAAUGUUUUUUACUUUCAUUUUAAUUAUUCAUUUUGAAACAACGAAAACAAAGCAGAUAACCUCAUACAUAAUACAAAAUACACACACAUUAAUAAAAAUAAAAUGAAAAAGUAAGUAAGUUUGAGGAGUUAAAGGAUUAGAAGCUACACAUCAGUGGGAGACCUGUUUGGACCAGUACUUAUUACUACUGGCCACUCAGAACCAAAGAACAUACUGAGGAGGGACCACUCUUUAACAAAUGCAUCUGAAGUUCCCAGCAAUACAUGGGACAUCCGUUCAUAUGGGAAACUUGAAUUAUGUCAUAAUGUGGGUGGAUUUAUAUCAAGCGAAACGUGCAAAAUUGAAAGGCGUGCAGCUUACAACAUAACACUCAACAAUUUUACAGUGUGACGGAUAUGAAAUGGUUUUUAAUUUUAAAUAUUUUUAAUGAAAUAUUGAGAAAAUCUGGAGUUAUCUUUGGUGGUCGGUCAUAAUCUCCUCUAGUUGCAUUGCUUUAAAAACAGGCAUGACUCUGCAGUGGAAAUCACAGCAUGAGCUCAAAUUUAAUGGAAUUUUUGAAGGAAUUAGAAAAAAAUUCUGCCUUUAAUGACAAUUUUGCAGAUUAUUCCAACUAUUUUGUAAUUGUGGUUGUAGUUAAACUAGUUUGAAAUGGUUUUUAAUGUAUAAACUCAAAAACCUUUUUUUUUUAAAGGAAUGCAACCAGAGGAGAUUACGACCGACUACCAAAGAUCGCUCCAAAUUCUCUGAAUAUUUGAUAAAACUUAGUUUUUCCAGGUGUUUUUUUUCCUUUCUUCUUGUAUCCCAUGAUUUUUUUAGGUGAUUUGUUGUUCCAUUCUUGUUGGCAUCAAAUUUCAGAGCUUUUAAGUUUUGACCGUUCAUAUUUUGCCUUUGCAUUAUUUUCAAAAGAAUUAAAAAAAUCCUGCCUUUAAUAAGCACUUUGCAGAUUAUUCCAACUAUUUUGUAAUUGUGGUUGUAGUUAAACGAGGUUGAAAUGUUUUUAAUUUGAAAUAUUUUUUAUUGAAUAUUGAGAAAAUCUGGAGUUAUCUUUGGUGUUUGGUUGUGAUCUCCUCUGGUUGUUUUCUGGUUAAAAACAGGCAUGACUCUGCAGUGGAAAUCACAGCAUGAGCUCAAAUUUAAUGGAAUUUUUAAAGGAAUUAAAAAAAUUCCCCUACUAAUGAACAUUUUGCAGACUAUUCCAACUAUUUUGUAAUUGUGGUUGUAAUUAAACUAGUUUGAAAUGAUUUUUAAUUUAUGAGCUUGGAUAAUCCUCUUUGAAAUCUCUGUUUCUGCUUUCAGACUCUGUGAAGCUGUAAAGCUUCAAAACGCCCUCGCUUGUUCCUGUGUUUGUUUGUAUUUUUUUCUCUUGUAUUCAUUAAUAUCACAUUCCACAUGAGCGCAGUUGUUUGACUCUCUUCCUGUUGCUGUUCUGCUUUGUGUGGAGCUUUGAGCGUUUUUUACUCACUUCCCUGUUUUGUCGGUUGAUUGGCCAAUCGUCUUUGUCACUUUAUGUUUCUUCCAGCACAUGUAGAGUAGAGAAAGUGUUAUGUAAGGCUGGUGUUACGGUCCUUGUCUUUGCGUGUUGUCUUCACGUAGCUGGGGGGGACAUCUCAGAGCUCCACUCAAUCUAGAGGAGGAUGUUUUCCUUAUUAAUGUCUAUUUGCUCUGUAAAUAAAGCGCCAUUCGAGUGAGCCGUGAGCUUCAUUUUGACACAAACUUCCUGACCUUUCAUCUCGGUCAGCGUGGAAAAACAAGGCCCAAACUCACUGAUGUCGUCUAACCCUGUGUACCAAACUGCUGACUGUGGAUAGCCCCAGGAACCAGGAAAUAUCUGCAACAGCCUCUGGAUGAGGUGAAACAGAGUCGCACAGAUUUAGACAAGAACGAGGAUGAACUUUAGUCUUUGCUUCAGUCAGAGUUUGAGUUUCUGUAGCUGUCAUCAUUUUGAGUACUUGUCUGCAGAGCUUCAUUCCUUUACAUGCUGAUUAGCAGAAUUUUUUAUGGUAUACCACUAAAAAACACAAUAAAAACCUCUGAUCCAACCAGUGUUUGUAUAAUGUACUGGACGGUAGUUACAUGGUAAAAUAAUAGAGAUAAGUAGAGUGUUUUUCUCUCCUCAUUGACAUUAAGGUAGAAGGUUUUUUAAUAACUCUGUGUUAGACAAUUGUAGAGAGUAGGUAUCUUAUUACUGCUAAACAUAUGUGGCUGAGAUGACCAAUAAGCUUGACCUUUCAACUGUAAUGUUAAGAGAGCGAUAGUUGUGUUGAAGGGCAGUAAUCAAUGAAGCUCUUGAGUGCGAAGUUGUCUUUUUCACUUAAUAAAAUUCCUUUCAAUUCUGUAAACUCCUGUAAGAACAAUUUUAUUAUAUGAAAAAAGUAUAUAGUCAUUUAUUAAAACAUCUUUUUUUUAUUUCAUAUUGAUAUAACCACAUAAUUUCCUACCCUCCCCAUUAUUCCCUAGGGAUACAGAACAGGAAGAAAGAGAACAGAUAUAAUACAAAUAAAUAAAUAUAUCUCUAUAUAUAAAUAAAUAAAGAGUACAGAAUCAGACAAGAACAUUAAAAAGAAACAAAAUAAGAAAAGCAUUUAAAUAAAUAAAUAAAAAAAGAAAAGGCAGCAACAAUUAUAUCAAUGAACUCAAUCCAAAUGUCUAUACAUAUAGGCUAUAUAUGUGAACAUAUUCACAUGAACACAUACAAGUGUGUACCUGCUAAAUUACAAACAGUCAUUUGCUCCUCUUAAAGAAAUUCUCCACAGGCAUUUUUUGAUGCCAGCAGGAUGUUUAAAAAAAUGUUUGUACUUGGGCAAAAAUCACAGAAAAAGUUGUGCAAUGCUAAAAACAAGCCUGGAGGAACAUCGUAGGGCUGGACGAUAUUGCCUCAAAUCAGUAUCACGAUAUAUUGAUAAUGAUAAAUGGACGAUAACUACUCUACAAGCUGCUCACCCCUACCACAUAAACUUCUCCUUUUUCAGCCGCUGCUUUAGCCACUACAACUUUUGAACCGUGGAGUGGAGUCACAGCAUCUUAAAGAGACAUGAGACUAUAGUCUACCUACACACAAACCAAAUUUUAUUUGUUCAUUUUUUUUACAUCGAAUAAAUUGACAUGAGCAAAAUGGCGUUGGUUAUUGUUGUAAAUUUUGGUAUCUGUAAAUUUGUGGUUUAUCGCCCAGCCCUAGAACAUCUCCAUACGUAUUAAGUAGCAACAGGUUAGUCACAUGACUUGGUAUGAGAGAGAGAGAGCUGGCAAAAGGAGGAGAGAUAUACGGUGCUUCAUACUUAGCACUGGCUAAAGACCUUCAAGGCCCUUUGGUGGCACUACGUUAAAAAUUGACAUUACUCUGUGGUGGAAAUCACCACAUGGGCUCAAAAUCACUCCAGAAACCAAUGUUUGUUAUCACAGGUUGUUGUCGCCCAUUCAUAAAUGCAGAUUAAACAGCUGUGUGUAUUUGUGUGUGUGUGAAGUCCGCCCCGAUUAUGUUUACCUCUCAUGCUUCCAAAAUCAUCUGAAACAGCACAGAAGGACACAAAUAUCACACCUUUGCAAAAUCAUUGUAAAAAAGUGAGUCAAAAUUUUUGGCAUAAACUCAUGAAGUGCAGUUGGCUUGUGUGGGAGGGUCGCCACUAGUACAAGAUUAAAAUCUAUGGAAUCUAUUGAAUGUUUUGUGAAGGCCUGUUGUGUAGCUUUAAAAAAUGAAAAUAGAUAAAAACAAAUUAUCAGCUGAUAAAUAAUAAAGAAAUCAACCUGAAUAAUAGCUGGAUAGAAAACCGAGCAGUGUUAAGAUGGUUUUUGGACUUGUUUGAAGUUGUUUUCUUUUUGGUUUUGGUCUUGAUAAUGUGACCCAAAUACAUACCAAGGAUGACAUUUUCAGUUAAAGAUAAGAGCGCGUCAGAGCGCUCAUGUGGGCUAAAACCGCUCUGGUGACACGGUUUCGACUUAUCUCAAACCAAGUGACAUUUUUGUUCUGCAGUUUCUCGGUACUGACUGGCCUAAAUUUAUCUGCAGAAAGGGCUGCAGACUGUGGACUCAUAUUUUCAUUCGCUGAUCAUGUCUCCAGUGACAUUAAUCCACUUUAUUAAUCACAGAAAGAAACCCUAAGAGAUGUCUGUUAAUGCUUGAACAAAGAUUGAAUAAAGAUUAAGAAAGGGUGACCGCCCUCUCACUCACUCAGGACCUGCUAAUUGUUUCCCUUGUCUGGUUCUGUGUUUGUCUCUGGUGGGCGGGGUUUCACCACACCUGGGAGGGUGCCAGUCUCCAUACAGGUGUAGUCACAUCAAGCACUUUCAGUCUCUUUCACAUGCUCACAAGAAUACGGCACCAUGACUUUGUUUCGUUGGCUUCGACUGUCAUUUCAUACCAGAUGACGCACUCAUCAUCGUCUUGGUACAUUUCUGAGAUCAUGGCUCUGUCACAGACAUGCCACUUGCCCUCUGAUGUGUCUCCUUUCUGGUCACUGGUGGGCAAAAUCCUGCCCAGUAAUGACCUGAUUAUCUGGGCCGAUAUUCAACAUUUGGCUAUAUCUUGUUUUACUUGACAGAUAUUCAAUAAAAUGAAGUGAAACACUCACUACUUUUCCCCUGUUGCUGGUUUGGUUUUCCCUCUGAGUUUGUUUUCACUAUCUGGUCUGCCACACCUAAUGCCCCGCCCACAAUGCUGUCUGAUUGGCUUGAUGUCAUACAACUGUGUGACUUAAUUUCAAAGCCAAGUCAAGUGUGACGGGACAAAUAUUAAUUACUGUUCUCAUUUGAACUUGGAGUCGACUCAUAUUCGUUUUUAACAGUCGAUACCAGUGCCGAUAAUCAUCAGUUCACGAGACUGAUAAGUGAUAUUUGGAACUGGGAAGUACUCGGCAUUAAAAAUGAAAAUCAUUCUUUCAAAAUUUAGGAUUAGGAAUAUAACAAAAUCCGAUUUGAUGCCUUUAAAAAUUUUAAUCAAAAAUUUAAUGUUCAACACCAUUGUAGGAGCCAAAAUAUAUUUGUUGAAAGUUUUAUUUCUAUAGUUUCGUCACUUCCAGGAUUGUCACUGAGGGUGUGGUUUUGGGAUGUUUGGGGGGUUAUUUAAAUCUCACAGGUGUACUCAGACAGUGGGUUGUGGUAAGCCCUGAUAAUCGUCUGUUGACCGUUUUUGACCGUUUCUCUUUUUUUUUUUCACCACUUCAUUCAUUCAUCCUGUUUUAACCUCAUUUCAUCAUAUCGCCUUUUCAGUUGAAGGCAAAAGUUUUGGACCCAGAUCAGCGUGUUUUCUUUCCUUUAUUGAACAAUAAAUCAUUUUUGAACACUCAAACCGGACUGAUCAUUCAAGUGAGUCACAGAUGCAAGCAAACCUGAACCCCAGCAGCCUUUUUUGUUGAAGGAUAGAAUAUAGAUAGCAUAUGGAAAAGUUAACAGUUAAUGAGUUACAGCCAAUCAGGUCGUGUUGUGGGCGGGACAUUAAGUAAGACAGAGGGAAGGACACACUAGCUCUGGAGCCAAAGUAGUGCACUUUUUACUCAUCUUUAUCGGCCAUCUGUGAGUUAAAAAGCCGAUACAGUCUAAUAUCAGCUUUUUAAAUUGGCUGAGACUCAUAAUUGGUCUACAUCCACUUUUUACAGUCAAUGUAAUUCAUUCCUGAAUAUUUUAUAUCAGUCAGUCUCGGCCCUGAAAAAUCAAUAGCAGUCGACCUCUACUCAGAAUCCAUAAAAAGGGAACAACCAGCUCUUGGUUUAAGGUGAAACUGUCUUUUGUAAAAUCUGGGUUGGUGUGUCACCAGUUUUAAUGAAACCUGUUUGGUGUGUAAACUUAAGUGAGUCAUUACAUAAACAGUAACAAAGUUAUUAUGAUAAUUAUAAAUACACAUAGAACCAGAAAUAGCACAGUGCUAUUUUUUUCUCAGAGUCAUUCAUGAUUAUCAAAGAUGAUCUCGAGUAAAACGCAAUUUUUUUCAUUCAUAUAAAUAAUUCAGAGUGUCUGUAAAGCAUUAGUGCAACAGGACACCGUUUUCUGGUGUCAUGGUUACAGCAACACACACACACACGCACAGUCGUCUGGCUCUCACUUUGUAUAAUCGCUCUUCACUCUUACUUAUGCUCGAGUUUAACCCCGGUCUGCCACGUUUGUAAACAUUAUCAACCUAUUAUCAACCUUCAUCGCUUUCAAACAUGGCGAGGAUGAGCAUGGUGGAUCAGAAGCUGCUGCAAACGCACCUGGAAGCCAUGCAGACCGUCAGAGCACUGCUCGUAGAAAAAGCCCUCACGGUGAUGUCCGAUCGGUCUCUGAGGGGUUUUGUGUUUGUCCUGAUCAGUGCUUGUUCAGGAUGCUGAUCUUUCAUAUUUUUUUAUUUUUGUCUCUGCAACACAGGGUGAAAAAAAUAAUGGCUUCGACGUGCUCUACCAUAACAUGAAGCAUGGCCAGAUAUCAUCCAAGGAGCUGACAGACUUCAUCAGAGAAAGGUAAGACGCCUUAGACUGAAACUCGAGUGUUUUGCUUCGAUUCUUUGCUAACAACAUGGUCCAUACGCUGCAUGUGUCUGGUUAUGAAAUGAAUGUCUUCCCUGUCCUGUGGUUUUCAGUGGUAAUUAAAUCUAUUUUGGAGUUUGAACUUGCAGGUCCAGUUCCUUGUACUGUGCACACAUCAGAUAAUUUGAGGCCUUUUCCUCAUAGGUUUUCAUUUACAGCGUGUAUCUAUAUCUGAGUGAAAGUGUAGGUGUCAUGCAUGUCUGACAGAACCUGGACUCAGGUUGAUCCAUCUGUGUGAUGCAGAAGCAGCCUCUCUUGAGCAUAGUCACACACUGACGCAGAUGAAAAGUGGUUUGAUACUGUAAGUGAUGACCACACACUGACUUCCCUUCCACCAGCUGUUAUCAUAGACUCUAUAAAAUAUGGAUGUAGUCUCACUGACGUCACUCAUUUGUUUCUGAAGAGGAGUUUGUUGUGGUACUUAAACAGCUUUGUUAACCUCAUUUUUAGAUGGUUUCCUCUUUGUGUAAUGCAGUUUUAACCACAUUUGUAGACAAUCUAAAAAGCUAGAUUCACAGAAAAUGUUUUUUGAAGUGAUUUUGAGCCCAUUUGGAGAUUUCCACUCCAGAGUUAUGUCUGUUUUAGUUGCAGUAUGGCCCCAAUUUCAUGGCUAACCACUACUGGUGUUUGGCUUUGUCCAUUUAGUAGAGAUUUCUUGAGAAUAUCUGAAUCUUAAACUGAUGAACGUCAUCUGUUACUUUACUUUUGAGAAAUUCAGCCUCACUUGAAUGCCCUCUGAUAUUAGUAUCAAGUAUUUUUUUGAGCAUUACACAACUUUUAAGAGUUUUGUUGUCCCUGUCCUUACUUUUUUAAACAUGUUAGUAGUAUGUAGUAGUUGAAAUGAUAAAACUUUUUACCCUGUUCUGAAUGAAACAGAGACUUUAACUGGACUGCAAACCAUUAAAUCUCUUACUAAAUGUAAAUAUUUAACUUCGUUUUUCGACAACAUAUGUCGCGGAUCGGUUUAGUGGCAGAACAUAUCCCCCUUCAAAAUGAACUUGACUUUUGCUUGUUGUAUAUUCAGGAUACUUGCCAAAGCUCGCCUCUUAACAGGUAAACGAAAACAUGAUCACAUCCCUCCAAUUCUGGCGUUGUUCCAUUGGCUUCCCGUCAAUUUUAGAAUUCAUUUUAAGAUUUUAUUGUUUGUUUUUUAGAUCUUUAAACGGAUCAGCACCACAGUAUGUCUCUGACCUUAAAUGUUUAAACCCCCCUCAUGUUCCUUAAGGUCUGCUGAUCAGCCCCAACUUGUCAUCCCUAAUACUUGUUUAAAAACCCGUGGCGACCAAGCUUUCUCGGUCCCUGUGGCUCCCAAAUUGUGAAACGAAUUGCCACUUGAGAUUAAAACAUCCUCCACUCUUUCUACUUUUAAAUCACCUCUUAAAACUCAUUUUUAUUCCUUUGGCUUUUACUUCAGCAUAACAUUUGCGUGACCUCUGUCCUUUUAUGUCUUUCAUGCUUUUGUGUUUUUACUUCAUUUUAAAGGUUUUUUUUUUUUUACCUGCUUUUAUUUUUUUACUCUUCAUGUUUUCUGCAGUGAUUGUUCUUUAUUUUUACUAUGCAGCAGUUUGGUAACCUUGAACGUUUUUUUUAAAAUGUGUUUUUUUAAAUAAAGCAGAUUAGACUGGAUUGGAUAAAGAAAAAAAAGCAAACUACCUGAAUUUGUUGGUCCUGGAUUGGCCUCAUUGUCACUUACACCUGAUCUACCUGUUUGAGUUUGUACUGGGUGGAUACUAUUAUGAAGGAGUGAAUAAUAAGCUGCUAAAAUCCACACAGGGUUUGUCUAUUAGUGAUCAGGUUGGUUUUCUCCAACAUUAUCAUCAAUAUAUCUUGUUUUUUUUUUCUCCAGUACACAGUUUGCUCUUCAAACAGUCUCCUUAAUUCCACUAAGAGUAGAUGUAGACUUUGAUGAGAGUGAAUGUAAUGUAAGCUUGAUCCCUUCAUGUUAAGGAGCUUAGUCCACCUGUAACCUGGUAUUAUGUUGCUCACCCUCAGCUCCAUAAUAACAGCCUCUUCUUAAAUUCUCCCUAACCCCACCGUACAGAUUGGCUGCAGUGUGUCAGAGGUGUGUGUUUAUAACCUGCCACAUGAUAGAUGUUCUCCCGCUGGAGUCCAACAGCGGAUUCCUGCAUCCACCUGACGGAGAGGAAUGCACUCAGACUGUUUGAUAUAAACUCUUGUGUGUGGGGGGUUUUGAUCCGCUUGGUACUGAGUGAUUUAGAGAUAUUUGGAGGGUUUUAAGACAGUUAAAUUCUUUUUUUAUGACUCUAAUGGACGAUCUUUUGAGCUUUAGUGGUCCAAGCACACCUUAACUCCACCUACAUCAGUGGUUCUCAAGUCUACUCCUCAAGCGUGCGUCCUGCACGUUUUGGUUGUUUCCCUGCUCCAACACACCUGAUUCAAAUGAUCAGCUCGUUAUCAAGCUCUGUAAUGGCUUAAUAACGAGCUGAUCAUUUGAAUCAGGUGUGUUGGAGCAGGGAAACAUCCAAAACAUGCAGGACGGGGGAGCUCGAGGACUAGACUUGGGAACCACUGGCCUACAUGAAGUGACUCCUGCUUACGGUUUUCUUUACACCUCUUGCACAGCUGAAGGUCAUUGUUUAAACCAUCCAGACUCGUUUUGAUGUAAUAAAUCACCCGUUAGCUUCUCAUUUUGAUUAAAUAUUAACAGCUUUUUCCGUCUGCUGGAUUGUUAGUGUUAAUUCUUUACAAAUGAAUCAUUAAAUCAAAAAACUUCAGAUUCACUUUUUAAGUUGUCUUGUGUUUUCAGGUCAGUCUCCCUUCAGAAAAACGACACUAUGGCGCCCUCUGGUGGGGAAUAACUCUAAGUGCACUGUGUUAAUAUUUUCCCAGUGACCAAAACAAUAGUGAAAGAGGCUCACGCAGUUGUUUUGCUGCAGAGUUUCAGGAAGAAAAGCAUCGCCGCACACUCUGCUUUCAGUUCUGCUUUUAGUCUGUGCAGCUGAGGAUUUAGAAGAAGUGAUAAAAAUAACCUGUUUUCAUGAAGCAGACUCUAGUUUCAUUUGGAUUUACUCAACAGCAUCUCUCUCUAUUAUCUCACCAAAUAUUUUAACACUGUGCAGGAUAGGAUUUAACUGCAAAGUCUGUAGAUGUGCUGCUGUAGCUUUUAGUAUGCAAAACAACAAUGCUGUGCCUAUUUAGACUAAAAGGAAAUGAAACAAUAUGUGCAACCACAGAGUUUUUUUAAAUGUUUCCACCUGUUUGCUGCGGUUUUAUUCAUGCAUAUCUUUGUGCAUUGAGUUGAGAACAGUUUCUAUUAAUAGCAAGCCACAGAAAAUAUGUUUUCUUUCUCCAGCCACUUCAAAAUAAGGACAUUUAAAACACUCUGACAGUGUUUAAAAUGUUGCAACGUACAGAUUCAAAACAUGACUACACUCCCAAGAAGUCAAUAAAACACUCAAGGUUAUAAAACGUGAAAUUUGAAGUUGAAAUUGAGUCCAGUUUCUUUAGUAUGAGUGAUUAAAUUGGUUUAUUUGUACCACCAGCCUUCAGUCCUCCUUGCAGGCUGAUUCCCACGUGUCUGUGCUGGUUUAGCAUCACUUUGGUGGAGCGGUCAUUAGGGCUGGGCGAUAUGGCCUCUAAUCAAUAUCACGAUAUAUUGAGCAGGUCACCUAAAUAACAAUAAAUGGAUGAUAACUACUCCACAAGCUGCUCCCCCCCUCCCACAUUAACCUAGUCUACUUCAGCCGCUACAACUCUUGAACCGUCCUUCAUCUCCUCACCUGUCUUUCCCUCUUUGUUACGGACUGGAUGGGGUGGAGUCACAUCUCCAAUGUAGGACAGCGUCUUAAAGGGACAUGAGACCAUAGCCUAAAUUUUGGUAACUGUAAAUUUUCGGUUAAUCGCCCAGCCCUAGUGAUCAUACAGCUAACUUUAAUUAUCACCACUUAUUUAACUGAUGACAAUGUUCUGGUAAAACGAAUAGCAACUAGGGCUGUUUGGAUUGUGGCACAACCUCAGUAUAAGGGGCAUGUGACCCAGCUGAGACUAAGUGAGGUUAAGUGAAGAAGACCCGGACUGUCAUCUUUCAGGUCUUUAUCAAACAAGGGGGGAAUUCAAAAGAUCUUAACCCACAGAAUGAUACGAUCAUCCCCGUCUACAGCCACAUUUGAUCAGUCGAAAAGGUGUGCGUGUGCUCCUCGGCAGAAACAUAAUCUCAGCCUCCAGAAAAAACACUUUGACUUUUCAAAGUCAGACGUAACUCCUCUAACUUUGACGUUUUUUACUUAAUGAUAAGCACAAAAAUAAACUUCUAUUCUGGGCGCAGACAGAGACGUGGAAGUGAGAAUGUGAUGCAUUUGGAGCUCUCCCCGUCCUCUCUGCUGUUGUUGUUGUGAUUUUGUCUGUGUGUGUACCUGCUUUUGUGUUUACACUGGUUGUGUUUGUGCAUGUUUCCCCCUGGCUGACCUUCUUCCUGUGAAGUAACUGCAGAGAGAGGCCGGCUAAAUGAAACAUGCAUAAUUCAGACUCUCACUAUAACACUGCCUCAGAUUUUAGUUUUUUUUUUCUUCUUGUUUGCGCUCCUGUCGCUUUGCUGCACAUGACGAAGUAAAAACAGGAAAUUGAGGGAAACGGGGGGAUUCAAACACUCACUUUCACAGUGUGUCAGCCGCAACAUGAGGUUUUUGAACUCAAGUCAGGCCUGACCACAUAUAUCAACUCACACAGAGUCAAAUGUUUCUAAAGGAAGAGGGCAUGACCGAUCUGAACCACUGAGAAUUACAGCAAAUCUGCGUUCAUUCUGGUGCUUUUUGAAGAUUUAUUAAUCAAUCUGUGUUUGUGCUCUUUGUUCUGUCCCAGGAGUACCAUCGAAGAGGCCUACGCCAGGUCCAUGACCAAACUCGCCAAAUCAGCGGGAAACUUUUCCCAACUUGGGUGAGUGUGAACUGUUUUCUCGUUUUCUAAAUAAACUGUGAAAAUUUUUUUCUUUAAAAGUCAUUUUUGACACUUUCUCACCCCUGAAGUGUCGUCUUUUUAUCCCAGCACUUUCGCUCCGGUGUGGGAUGUGUUCAAGAGCUCCACGGAGAAGCUGGCCAGCUGUCACAUGGAGCUGGUGAGGAAACUACAGGAGCUUAUUAAGGAGGUUCAGAAGUAUGUGGAGGAGCAGGCCAAAGCACACAAAAAGGUAAGGACAUGGAGGAGGAAUAUUGAGUUUGAUAUUGAGUUUUUUCUGUACUGCUGUUUAGGGCUGCACAGUUUGGGCCAAAAAUAAAAACCCAAUUUUUUUCCACUGAAAACUCUAUUUUCGAUUUUGAUUUUUUAUAUUCGGGGGCAACCUCACCAAACUCCACUUAAAAAAAAAAAGUUUUUCUUUCAUCUCUGUGUAUAGUCAGGCCCGUUAAAACUCUCCACCAAAUAUUUCAUAAUUUCGCUUUCCAUAUUCGUGUCGGCCCCGGUGUGUAAGGACCUUUAGGAUUAGGGUCAGGGUUAGGAGAUACAGAAGUGCGAUAAUGUACUGUAAUGUUCUGUUCGAUGUACAGAGCCGACAGGCCGCGUUUGGCUUAAGCGUGUGAUGACGUUUCCAGCUUUUCUAGCCAAUCAUAGGUGAGCCAAUACCGUCCUACACAAAAAAAUAUCGCCUCCUGCAGGAAGGGGUAGCCAAUGGUAGCCUGGAGGCAUGAGACAUAAUUGAGAGGAAAAUUGAUUUGACUAAUAAUUUUUUAACAUCAUCAUAAUUAAAUAAUCCGAUUAUGUUUAAAAAAAUUAAUUAAUCGUGCAGCCCCACUGCUGUUAAAAUGCCACCAAUACAAACACACUUCUCUUUUUUUAGAACUUUAUGUUGCCGUCUAAACAUGCAAACAUGCAAAACCCCUCAUCCCUGCAACAGAGAGCACAUAUAAGAUGUUAAUAGUUGAUUUAAUCCUGGAAAAACAUUGCGUGCAGUGUUAUUCUCCACAGCAGUUUUUAUUACACCUCACUCCUCUAUCUCUCUCCUCCCCACUGAGUCAGACCAUCAGCUCAUAUCUCAUGCAUGAAGCCACAGAACACAAACUAAAAAAGGAGCUCAGAAUUAGUGGAGCUGUGUUUGUGCUUUCAGCAUGACAAAAAGGCUGUCACACUUUCUCUCCAUCACUUCCCGGCGCUCCCCCCUUCCUCUCUCUCUCUCUCUCUCCGCUCUGUGAUUCUUGGCUAACUUGCAGCUACAGCAAGCUUUGCACGCCGCAGUUAAGCAGCGUGAAUAACAGAAAAUAAACACUCUUCAUGGAGCAGGUGUCCAAAUUUGUUCAUAAUUUAGGAUUUACCAGUUUCUUCUAUUUUGCUUGGGCUGGAGUUUUGUCACGUCAUUAAACAACUCUUGCAAAUUAGUCAUGAGAGGGUAUUAGUGAUCUUCAAGAGCUUUUAAAUGAUGGGACCGAACUUGAGCCGAGCAAAAGAAAACAAAGUAGUCAUAUCCUAAAUUAUGCAAGCCUCCUCCGGUGGUGCCGAUCAGUAAAUAAAUCAGUCCAGUUUGUGAGUUAUUUUUUUGUGUACUUGAUGUAUUUGGACAUGAAAAAACUGUAAUAAAGUCCAAGAAAGAAAAAAGUCAGUUCUUCUGUUUAAAGCACUGCAAAGAAAGAGAUCCGAGUCGCACAAAAUACAGAUGAUUUUUACCAAACUUACUGAAGAUUAACUGACAAGAAGACCUGAAAUGGGCUGCUCAUAUCGGCAGAAAGGGGCAGCAAUGUCAUUGGUGGACAAGGGCCUUUAUCAGAGAGUUUUUUUUUUUAUUAGUGUAAUACUUAAAGCUGAAAUAUAUUAUUGCUUAAAUAGAAUAAUGUAAUACUAUAUUAUGAUUAUACUGCACGACUGUACUGUACUGUACCCUACCAAAUACUGUACUAUUCUACACUUUUCUGUACUAUACUGUAUUUUGCGAUACUGUGAUACUUUGUAAUUGAAUGCGAUACUGUGCUAUACUAUACUGUACUGUACUAUUAUAUACUAUGCUACAUUGUAUUGUACUGUAACAUACUUUACUGUAGUACACUAUACUACACAAUACUUUAUGAUACUAUACUCUACCAUUCUAUACUUUACUAAACUACACUACACUAAACUAUACUACACUGUACUAUACUAUACGGCACCGUAGUGCACUAUACUUUACUAUGCUAUUGUACAUUAUACUAUAUUUUAUACGAUAUUAUACUAUACUAUAGUACAUUAUACUAUACAAUACUAUACAAUACUAUACUAUACUGAACAGUACUAUGCUUACUAUAGUACAUUAUACUACACUAUACUAUACUACACUAUACUGUAGUACAUUCUUCUGUACUACACUGUACUGCACUGCACUAUAGUACAUUAUACUAUACUAUACUAUACAAUACGGUACCGUACUGCACUAUACUUAACUAUACUGUGCUACAUCGUACUAUACUACACGGCUAUACUAUACUAUAUGAUACUAUCGUUAUUUUAUUCCAUAUAUUACUCUCUGAAUGUCACAGAUUUUUCUCAAAAAAGAGUUAUGGAGCAGCAGUUACUAUAUUGGAAAUAGUGGCUUAAAACUUAUCUGGUACAUCAUAGAGUUGUUUGGUGUGAAGAAGUGAGCUGUUUAGUCUGAAUUUGUUUUUUAGCACGCAGUGAGCAUGUUAAUUUCUGCUGUAAGAAUAGUCAUUUUUUUAAAUAGAAAACUCAGGCAUUGCAGUCGGUUACGAUUCACAUUGGCUUUAUGUUAGGGGUUUAUUUCUGCCAUGGUAAAUGUAAAUCUAGGCACUUCUAAUCCAUGUGCUGUUUUAAGUCUUGUCUGACAUGACAGUAGGAAUCAAAAUGAGGUAAACAGAAACAGCUGAUCUUCCAGCUGAUGGUCUUUUUUUGCUUUUUCCUGGUCAUGAAAAGACAUCAGUGUUAAUUCUAGCUUGUUUUAAAGCAAACAGUCUGUUUCUUGUUGUAAAGCAGCUUAAUGAGGACCAUGAUGAAUCAAACCCAAGCACCAACUAACACUUGGAUUUAUUGGAGUUACAAUGCGAAACGUUUGUGUGUCUUUAGACAAAAGAGGAAGUGGCGUCCACCCUGGAGGCCGUGCAGAACAUCCAGACCACCUCCCAGGCCCUGCAGAAGUCCAAGGAGAACUACAACGCCAAAACUGUGGAGCAGGAGCGCCUACGCAAAGAGGGGGCCACCCAGAGAGAUGUGGACAAGGUGGGAGGUCACGCACACACAGACACACACAUAAUCAUGCUAUGGUAAUAAGGCAUGAUGAAGUGUGGAAACCUUAAGCCCAAAAGGCUCUUCCCUUCAGAUGUUUCCUCGCUGAUUUUUCACUCGAUCUGGGAAAAACAGAGGGCCAUUGUGUGUAUCAUCUAAACUGAUGAUAGCCAUUCGCGUGUCUGUUUAUAUUCUCCAGGCUGGAGUGAAAGCCAAAAAAGCCACAGAGACCUACAAGUCAUACGUGGAGAAAUAUGCCACAGCCAAGUCCGAGUUUGAACAGAAGAUGGCGGAAACAGCACAGGUAUUGUACUGACUGUUCUGUUUCGUGAAAUAUGUCCUCACAAACCCUUUUUUAUUUUGUCUCUGUGGUAUGCAACACUUUGUGUAUUGUGUAAUCUCUCAGCCCCUGCAUGUGUGUGUCUGUGUGUAUGUGUGUGUUCCACGUUUAGAGCCUUGUAUCAUCUCCAGAUUGUGUUUUUUCCUUCGUAACGGAAUCGCUGUGGAAAUCCCUGAUUGGAUCCAUCUGAAUGGCUGAUUAGAUAAACUCCAAAUUAAAAUCAGAUCAACAGAAUUUGAUCUCCAUAUCCUCCUUCCACCGCCACCAGAAAUGGUUCGAGUUAGCGUAGCGUUUUUGUUUUUCCCCCCUCAAAAAAGCGUCUGCUUCCCCCGCCCGGUUUCACAGUCUACGGCUCAUCUCAAACGCAGCACAUGUGGACGUGAGCUGUAAACACUGAACACAUGUGCUGUGACAUCACCGGCGCUCCUACAUAUGUGUUCUCUUUGUCUGCAAGCGUAUGCUAGCUGUUAUCUCGGCGGAGUGACAUGAGUCUUAUUUGCAUUUCUUUAGUCUAGAUUUAGGAGUGAGUGUCCCUUUAUCUCCAUGUUUGUGGUUUGAAUCUUCUUAUUCUGGGCCUGUUUUGUGAUUUUCCGGCUCAUGAUUUAUUAUUAUCAUUCUCAUUGGGUUACCUCAAAAGCUCAGAUGUUGCAAGUGCUCGCAUUUUAAACCUUAAAUUGUUCCCAUUGUGGUAUCUCUUGUGGAUUAUUCCUCUUAUUAGUGUGCUAGUUUGUGCUGAACACACGAAGGUACUUUUUGUCAACAAACAACACUUGUUUAUGUUAUUUGAGAAAAUAUCUCUGCCGUAGAAGAAAAUAAAAGCUGUUUUUUCGCUUCUUUUGAGACAGCUGACCACAUUGGAUGGACUAAAAAAAUGGGUGGGGCUUUUUUGCCAUUGUACUAAAUUGAAUUAACAUGACAGGGACUUUUUUGUGUCAGUUUUUAUUAAUUAAAGCAGGAAAAUAAUAUGUGGUGUUCCCCAAGGAUCUAUCCUGGGGCCACUUCUUUUUUUUGUUAAUAAUCAGAUUUUAUUUUAUGUUUUCAGAAUUUACAUAGAACCAUAUAUCAGUUUAAUUCAAAUAAUGUAGAAAAUGACAAGAAAAGGAUAAAACAUGAGGGGAAAAAAGGAAACAAAAGAAAAAGAAGGGUAAACAAAGAAAAACCCCAACAACAACAACACAACAAUGUGUCAUCAAUUAAAGAAAUAUGUGUCCUUGUAUAAAGAAUUUUUUAUCAUUAGCUCAGUCCGGGACUCAGUCAGGUCCUCGGAGACAGGUCUACUCACUGUCCCCAAAGUCAUAAGGAAGAAAGGAAGAAAGUGACAGAUUCACACACUCAUGACUUAACUAACAGUAGAAAUUAGGGGUUCAGUCUCUCCUUUAAGGUCACUUGAACACAGGGGCGAGUUAUUGAACUGCUGAGCGAUCGAUUAGAAGACCUCCCACUCUUCCUCUGAGCACAGAUGUUCCUGUGUCACAAUUAAGACACAGGAGCUGCCCCUGGUUUUUAGACAGCAAAAAAAUGUAGUUUUUUACCCAGAAAGUGACCCUGAUUUAUUGGGACCAUCAUUUUCAAAAUUAACAGAAUGUAUAUUAAAGUUAAGCUUCAGUAAAGUAACUGAUUUGUGCUGAUAAAGUCUCGUGAAAUAAGUAUUUCUUAUCAAAAUCAGCCUUUUUCUGCAGCCAGGAGAGUUGCCCCCCUGCUGAUCAUUAGACAGAAUGCAGACAUGAACUCCACGUCUUAAGCAGUCUUUGGUUUUGCAUGUUUGUUUUUAUGCUUGAGAGAGUGAAGCCAUGAUACUGAUUCUGAGGAGCUGUAUAACUUGAUGCAUUGCCGCUCUGUAACCAGUUUCUCGUCUGUGUUGCAGAAAUUCCAAGACAUAGAAGAAAACCACAUCCUCCACAUGAAGGAGAUCAUCCAGUCGUACUCGCAGUCCAUCGACGAAACGCACGUCCAGAUAGGAGAGGUGAGCACAGACUCACACGGGAGCGCAUACAUCCUCUCAGACAUUCCUGUGGGUGGAGUAGGUGUCUUGUUGACCUGCGGCUGUGCUCACUGGGUUCACUGUGUGUCAUAUCAAUUAGUGUCGACUUUGAUCUCGCUAAUCGUUUAACUGAGAACCAGGAAGUGGUUCAUUCAGCCUUUUAUGCCAAGCAAUUAAAAACUGAUCAAAACUCCCUCUCGGCCUAUCUAAAACACCUCCACUAGUCCAAACACUUGCUAAAUCCCCUGCCUGAUAUUGGAAAGUCCUGCCCAGGCUGGUUCACUUGGCUGAGUGUGCUCAGAUUUGAGGUAACGGCAUCAAACUCGAUCAGUUGUGGAGCUUUCAAACAUCAUUCACAGUUGAAUUAAUCAGCGUUUAACAUUAAGCAGAGAUUUCUCCUCAUUUAUUUAUUCAGCAAUCACACUUACAGCAGUGCCACACAGAAUAACUCCAAUCUGCAGCUCUGCGCUCAUUAAUCCGCAGCUGCUCUGUCCUGAUGCUGCGGCUGCAGUUCCCUCAAUGGCCACAGAGGGCGAUCAAGCUCCACCAAAAGCACCCCAGUCCAAGUCCAAGCUGCAGCAGCUGGUGCGGCAAAUUGGAAAGAAUUUGUAGCGACAAGCUACCACAGGUUAUCCAGGCCUCAUGGUCCUGCUUUGGAGCAGGAGAUGGACAUGACCGCUGCCUGUUGCUGAAAUAAAAUACAGCCUGAAGACAAGCCAGCCUUUCCAAAAACAGAGAAACACAAGCCGUCCAAGAAAAAUGUGUAAUGAAUGCUCUGAAUCAGGUUGAGGGGAACUUUUGGCAUAUUUUUGUCACAUCAGGGUGAGGUAAGGAGGAGAGGGGGCAGGAAGAGGGAGGGGGGGGGGGGCGCUGGAGCCGGUUCUUGACUCAGUUGCAAUGUUAUGCUUAGUCACCAAACCCACAGGCGUCUCUGCUGUCAAGCUAUCACACAAACACAACGGUGCAUUUGCAUACACUUGCAUUUAAAAUAUAAGUAGCUGUGAGUGCUGAAUUAGUUAGAUGUUUACACAGCAACAAAACGCACACUUAAGACGUACGCACUGAGUCAUUUUCCUGAUGUUUCUGCUGCUGUUCUUGAGUCUUUGAGAAAGGAGGGGUCGAGCUUGGAGCUCCAAAGUCCUGCUUCCUGCAGCUGUAUUUAUUUAAUGAUGGUUUAUACUCAGUUUUCCUGUUACAGGGAUCUGUUUCAAAGUAUUUAGUAAAAGUGGUUUGGCAGUUUUAAGAGAUUAGAGUUCAGGAAAAAGCUCCACCCACCCAAACUCACUUUUUCCAAUGAGUCACAUUCACAAAAAGAAACAAGCAAAAGUGGUUGACUGAUAUCAGUUUUUCAGAAGCCGAUAUAAAAUGACGAUAUCUCGCGGGUUUUUUGGUUUUAUUUUAUUUUUGAUUAAAAUGUUAUUUUAUAAAACAAACAAAUGCACAUUAUAGUAAGAAUUUAUAAUAGUGGAUGCUAGCCAUUGGCUGUUAUAGAUUUAAUUUGCUGUCUAUGAUGAUAGAAAAUGUGUUUAAUUUUGAAAAUAUGACGAUUGAGCAAAUCUAGGCACACUUUUAUGUCAGAGUUUCUUAUAUUUACUCACAAAUCUCCCUUUUUCGUCAUCCGUCAUGAAGCAAAUUUAGAUAUGUUUUUUUAUGUUUGUUGACAGACUUUGUAACAAGCCAAACAGCCAAUCUAAAUUAACAUAUAAUAACUAUGAGUGAUAUUUUUGAUUCAAUCUCAUUGCACAACCUGCUCUUAUACCAUCUAUUGAAGAGUUUUUGAAGAAACAGCCUGAAAAAAAUUUCUCAGCUGUAAUUUUUUAAACCUAAAACCGCUGUGAGCUAAUCGACAGCAGUUAUUUUAUUUUUUCAUCUUGUUUACUCAUAUUUAGUGAUAAAUUUGACUGUUGAACAAAAGCAGGAUGAGUUUCAUGUUUUAAAAUACAACUUUUAUAUGUACAAAGCAAGAAAUAACAGUUAGCUCUUUGUCCACAAGGGGGUGCCAAAGCUGACAGAAACUGAAAGUUAUUCAGAGGAGCUUUAAAUGAGUGAUGUGCACUUGUUUCAAAACUUGUUUCCUGUUUUCCUCACUUUAUUUAUCAUGUGGUUUGUUAUUUAUUCAUGCCAGCAAUCUCUUACUACAGCCGUCUGAGGGGAAAAAGAGAGAAAUGUCAGUGGGUUCAACAGCUUGGGAAAAAAAAAAAAACUAGCUGUGGAUUCUCAGGGAGAUGAAUUGCUUCAAAUCUUGUAAUCUGUGCUUGAGAUAAGCAACUCCAGACUAAAGAAGCCACUGCUAGCAUGACACAAACGCAUCUACAAUUAAAAUGUGGGAGGCAGAGUUUUAAGAAACAUGCAUCUGGAUUAAACCAGUCUGAGGAACAUGAAGCUCCAAAAAUGGAUAUUUCUAGUCCUGCUGCAUCAGGUUUGAUUUAUCCAGUACUCUUUCAAAACUGUAUAAGGGUUACUUUAAUAAAAAUGAGAGAGAUUUGGUGGAUAUGGUUGUAAUAUGAGAAUAAAAGUCCUAAUUUGAUAGGAUAAGUAGUAACAUUAAAAGUAGUAAGUCCUGAUUUUAUGAGAGAAUAUGGUUGUUUUAGGCAGUAAUAAGCCUGUGUUUAGAAGAGGAUCCACCUGUAGGAACAUGGAGCUUCUUACUAAAUACUCUAUAUAGUGACUCAUCAGAAUCACUGUGAAAGGAUUGUCCCAGAAAAAAGAUGCUGUCCCAGAUGCUGUCACAUCUGAUGUUAGAUGUGUAUCAGAGUCUGUGCUCCCCUUUUAUGCUGAUGACACGGUUAUAUACUGUUCAGCAGCUGAUUUUGACUUUUCUGGUUAUUACAAAAUCAGCAGCUGUUCUCAUCUUAAAUUCAUACUGAGUCCAGCACAGGAUCUGCUGUCAGUUUGCGGGUGUUAAACUCUCAGAAACAAGUUUUUGCGGAGAUGCUCAGAGCACGAACACCAAAGCAAAGAGGUACCCACAACCACAGGUGUCACAAAAAUCAAGAAGUGUUCCCGUCAGCCCUGCAGGUAUUUUCGGACAGUGGUAACAGCUCAGUGGGCAUUGAGGAUAAGAAAAUGAGACCUUAUAUAGAUGAAUUCAGCUCAAACAUGAUUAGUGCAUGCAGAGGAGGAGAGCUUUAUACUCACAUAAGGGCAGGUGUGUCAUAGCUUGCGUGUUGUGUUUGUUUUUGUAAGUGAGCAUUUGUGUCUGUGUGUGAGAGGGAGAGGAUCCCUUGAAGGCAGAUGCAUGUUUCGAGCAUGUGGUCGACAGAAUGUGUGUGUGUAUGUGUGUGUGUAUCAGAGGUUGAUGACCUCCGUCGUGGCAGCAGCACCUGACAGAUCGCGUGUGCUGUGCUGAGCAUACUUCCUCACCGUGGCAACCUCCCCGCCGCCCCCACCUCCUCACCCACAUAACUCCCCCCCCUCCAACAUCCUCUCCUGCCAGGGCACAGAGGGCUAAUGCACUCCACCUCGCCACAGGGGCCCAGGGGGCAGACACAUACGUGUGUGUGCCUGCGUGUGUGUUUGUUUGAAAGUGGAGCCACUCUGCGCUUACAGUAUCACGCACAUCUAAAUGGUUCUGGUGAGAUGGCAGUCAGCCGCUGCUCUUCAUCCCCAUAACUAUACAUCGCUUUCACUUUCCCCCUCAGUGAGCACACAAGCACACAUGCACAUCCAAAACAAACAAGCAAACAAACACUAUCCUUCCUCCGAUACUGCCCAAAGGGCUCUGGCAGAGCACAGGGCCAACAACAAUGAUUCAGCCUGACACAAAAGAAAGACAGUUAAGUACAGUUUGUCUCCACGGGGCUGUCAUGAGUAUAAAUAUUAUGAAUACCAGAUUAAAGCAAAUCAGCGUGAGUUACGGGGAGAUUUCGCCGCAGCAGACCGAGUUUGUCUCCCUUCCUGUUCAACAUGAAACAAAUCACACCUAACACCUCACACGUGAUGCUAAUCCUGUGUUUUCCUUCGUUCUUGGAGAAGCCGGCAUAGUUUGACACCACUGUAAGCAUAAAGGUCAGAAGCAAUCAAGUUGUCCUACUGAACUCUGACCCGCCGGAAUCCUCCCGACUUGCCUGAGCGCUCGACACAAUGAAGUUAAUCAGUUAUGACGUGCAAAUAUGUGAUAAAGCAAAUGUCAUUCAAGUGCAGAGGAAGCUGCGAACACAUCUGAAGGAGAUAGAGAGGGGCGCUACCUGGACUCAGUUUGAGUUAAUGUGAGUUCCUCUUCAGGUAUGAAUACAAGACGACUGAAAAACGGCCCUUUAGGAGGCUGACUGAUAUCUUUAACAGGGAUUAAUAAGAUGCCAAUAUCACUUUUAUUUUUGUAUUUGAUGGAAUGAGGAAGUUGAUGGAGUUGAUGGAAGUUUCUUAAGUUGAACAGAUGUUUUUAUUAUUUAGAUUUUCCUUGAUGGUUGACUGGAUUCCCGUUGAGCCAUCUGUUUAUUUUUUAUUUGUUUAUUUAUUUAUUUAUUUUUUACCAGCCUCACAAUCACGGACAUCAGCUGGUGAACGCCUUUCAUUGGUCUCAUUUAAUCAGUCUGACACAGUAGUGACACGUCAGACCUUAAAGCUCAUGUGAGGAAUUUUCAACUGGUUAUGAAACAGGUUGAAAUUAAUAUUUAUGACUCCUUAUGGGCCACAAAAGCGGACUAGACCCUCAAACACAUUCAUGGUUUUAUAUUUAUAUGGUAAGUUUGAUGUGCCUGUUACCCCUGCUGCAGGGUAGGAGUCCAAACUAAAGUUUCAGUUUCAGUUUCAGUGAACAGAGCAAGUUCUAUCAAAUCUACAAUACCAGGACGUCUCUCACAGGAGCGUUAAUGUAACUCCCUUUUAAAGCGUAGGACUGCACAAUAUAUCACAGCUUUGUAUACUAUCCUGAUGUAAACAAGUACAAAUGACAAAUGGUAUUUUGUAGUUUGGUGCAAUUUUUUGAAUAUUUACGGGGAUAAAUGUGUGUAGACUUCAACUAAAUAGGAACCACUCUACCAAGCAAUGCACUCCAAGCACAGGCAUGUUGGCGGUAAUUCAUGAGGAGCUCUGGGGGCUGGUGACGCUGACUCUACCAACUCAGUCCAUGACAUUUUGACCAUUCAGUAUUGAAAUCGCUGUUCAGACUGUUUGGAAAUGAGUUGUUUUAGAAAAGGAUGUGUGUGUAAUUAUGCAUAUUCAGACUUUAUUUGCAGAUUCACUGUGUAAUACUUAAAAGAAAUGGGUUUUAUGGCUCUUUGAAGGGAGCCAGAUCUUUAAGAGCCGCUCAAAAGACUGGCUCGUUGUUAUAUUUAUUUAUUUUUAGAGGUCAACUUGGAGUUCACAUGGGUGGGAAUUAUUUAGAAAUAUUGAUUUUCAUUUGUCUUGCGUUUUCAUUGUAAACAUUCCAUAAGGGGGUGCCAUAUCUCUGUGCUUUUUACAGUGAGAUCACUAUUUUAAAACUUUAUUGUGGCACAAUAAAAAUAUGUAGGCGACAGAUAACUGAUAAAAAUUAAGACAUGAUAAAAACAUGAGAUGCCUAUGAGAUAUGAGAAUGGCUCGCAAACAAACAGCUUGCCACUGUGAACCUGUUUACAUCGUUCACUUAAAAGAGCCGUUCAAAUGACUGACUUGUUCUUGAACGUCAUAUCUCUAAAUCUUCAUUAAGAGCAGCAAUGUGAUGAUUAGGCGUCUGAAAAAUAGAAAUGUAUCUUCGGACGACGGGGAGUUUUUCCUGUCUUAAGAUCAGAGACACCCAUGAUUUCCAAAAAGAGUGUCAACAUUUGACUCUGUUAAAACAUCUUUAAUCAAAUACUUUAUAGGCACACUGUGAUAAAUGUACAUUUAAACUCAAUGAGGAACUAAAUAAGUAAUCUAGUAGUUGAGGCAGUGAUGAAUAAGCUGCUGAUUUUGUCUGUGGGUGUCGGUGUCCGAGCGGCAGCAGCAAAAUCCAAACUUUGAGCGGCUGUACUUUACCCAGAACUGAUUCAAUCACCGACAGUCUGGUAAAGCAAUUCAUAACUUCAUGCAGCUGAAAAGUAGAAGUGACUGAAAUCCUCUUCAUCGUGUGUCCACCGCAUUCCCUGCAAAAGAAUUAGACCACAAUAAGUGACCCAAUAAACUUUUUACACCGAUUGAUCGCUGUGAAUGUCAGCGUUGAAUUAAUCAAUCAUGUGUUAGCUUUGUGAAUUUCCCAACCACAACAACAAAUCGAUCUGAAAUCUGGCAGCAGGAGCGGAUUUUAGAUGAAAUUCUGAUGCUUUUUUGUGCUUGAGUUCGAAAUAAGUGUUGUUUGUUUGUCUUUUUUUUAAGGUCCACAAAGAGUUUGUGAGGAACAUCGAGAACACCUCAGUGGAAAGUUUAAUACAGAAGCUGGCUGAGAGCAAAGGAACGGGCAAGGAGAGGCCAGGUAAGUGUGUUUGUCAGUGUGUGUGUGUGUGUGUCUGUGUGUGUGUGUGUGUGUGUGUGUGUGUGUGUGUGUGUGUGUGUGUGUGUGUGUGUGUGUGUUGUGUGUAAGUACAUUAGCGGUCAUGGAGAGGAAGCUUUCUGGUCCUGCUUUGGGAGGGAGGGCCAGGGCUGUAUAGAGAGGGGCAAUUAGACGUCGGAGAGGGCCAUCAGAGUCAAUCAUAGUAAUCUGUUGUAAAGGUAGGCAGGCUCGGCAUUCCAGUAAGCAUGUGACACACGGGGGGCUUUGCUGUGUGCGCAGACUAAGCAGCCAGAACCAACCGAUUCAGGAGGUCAGAGCUCAACAAUGACUCUUGUGUAAACUUCUCCAUGCCACAGUAGUCAAAGAAAUACUCCUCAGAUACUAACCCCGCCUCUCACCUUCAUCUUAUUCACACACGUACACACACACAGACUUGUCAUUGAUUUUUAGUUUGAUUUUCAGAUCUGUUAAUGCAGUGGUUCUCAGUCCAGUCCUCGAGCCCCCCCUCCCUGUCCUGCAUGUUUUGGAUGUUUCCCUGCUCCAACACACCUGAUUCAAAUGAUCAGCUCGUUAUCAAGCUCUGAAAUGGCUUAAUAACGAGCUGAUCAUUUGAAUCAGGUGUGUUGGAGCAGGGAAACAUCCAAAACAUGCAGGACAGGGGGGGCUCGAGGACUGGAUUUGAGAACCACUGUGUUAAUGUUACAUUCUUGCUGAAAUUACUCUGAAAACUCAGUCGGAUAAAAUCAGUUUGGACAACCCCAUUUCCAAAGAAGUCAAAUAGAAUUUGAAGUUUUGCGAUUAGGGCUGUGCAAUAUGGCCUCAAAUCAAUAUCACUAUAUUUUGAGCAGUUCACCUUGAUAAUAAUAAAUGGAUGAUAACUACUCCACAAGCUGCUCACCCCCUCCCACAUUAACUUUGUCUACUUCAGCCGCCACUCCAGCCGCUACAACUUUUAAACCGUCCUCCAUCUCCUCACCUGUCUUUCCCUCUUUGUUACAGACUGGAUGGGGUGGAGUCACGUCUCUUAUGUAGGACAGCGUCUUAAAGGGACAUUCAACAAUAGCCUACCUACACACAUCCAGAACCAACUUUUAUUCAUUAAUUUUUUGACACUGAAUAGACUGAUAUGGGCAAAAUGACAUAGGUUAUUGUGGCAAAUUUUUGGUCAAUCGCCCAGCCCUAUUUGCGAUCCACUUAAAUGUGAUGUUUAUGUGUUUGGGAUUAAUGGUGCCUUUAUGGAUGUGUAGGCUACCCAUGUUAUUACAUUUAUGCACUCCCAACAGAUAUGUAUGUUCCCCUUUAAACUAUGUGCUGCAAACAAGCUGAAUAGUCCUUCCCCUUUCAGAGCAGCAGUGUCAAUUUUGUCCAAGAGGACCAAAUUUUUACACUUAGAGAAGAGGAUGCUGCGUCCAUGAUUUACAAAACAAAUUUCCUAAUAGUUUUCCUCUUCAUCUGUCCAUCUUGUAUUUAAAGAAGACACUGUAGCUUCCCUGAUUUCCACAGUGAGUGUUAAAAUUAAACUCAUCCGACCAGUCCGACAGUCCUCACAGGUGUUUCUGGAUAACGCUCAAAUGUGGUUCUCUGUUCGCAUCGUACGGUUUUAUCUAGUUUCCGGUUGCAGUAACAAAGUAUACUCACUGAAUAUGUUUUUGGAGGUGAUUUUGAGUCAAUGCAGGGACUUCCACUCCAGAGUCGUAUCUGUUUUUAACACACUGCCAUCUAAAGGGCUCCAAAAUCCCAGCAAUCCAGAGAUUUUGUGCAGAGAGUUCUCCAGAUUUUCUAGAGCUUUGAAUGACAUUUUGUGCCGUAGAUGAUGAAAUCCUCAAACUCUUGACAAGUUUACAUGAAGGAACAUUAUUCUGAUAAGGCAGAUUUUUUCAGCGUUUUUGACGUCUUUUUUUAAAACAUGUUACUGGCAUCAUAUUAAAUUUUUUUUUUAAUUUUCAGACUGGGGUGUCCUAAUACGAUAUUGAUAUCAGAUAUCGGUCCAAUAUCAGCAAAAAAAUGAAUAUCGGAUUAUAUAGGCCUCCGAUAUCAGCACUCCGAAACAAGCAGUCCAUUCCAGACUCCGCUCCUGCACUUCAGUCUUGCAGUGCCCGGAUCCAGCAUGUAGAGCCCACAUGAUCACAACAACAGUGUGUACUGAGGUACAAACAAAGUAGCAAGGAGUAGGAGUGAGUUUAGCCUUGUGGCAGUAUUUUUUCGCUAAAGUCCGAAUAAGACUUUGCAGCUGAGUGGAAAACUUGUCAUGCACAAUUUUGUGCCAAUAUCAGAUCAAUAUCGGUAUAGGUCAAUAUUGCAGGCUACAAUAUAGAUAUUGUAUCGGAAGUCAAAAAGUUGUAUCGGGACACCCCUGUUUCAGAGUCAAGGUCUGACAUGUUGUCUUUGCCUUAUUUUUUAUUAUAAAUGGGUUUUAAAAGAAACCAUCAGAUUAUGUAUUUUUUUUUAUACAUUAUACUCAACAGUUUGGCUCUGUUGGAGUCAGGGAAGUAAAACUCCAAUAACUCCACCAGUCCCUGUACUUGUACUACAUUACGUGAGGUCACAGGCACAAAAAGUUCACCUCCGCUGUGUUUGUGUGUACACAAACGGCGACCCCUGUGUCCAGACGCUGUGCCCGAGGAGUGGUGGCUCUCAUUUGUUUGGACAGCAGAAUUAAUUGAGGCUAAAAAAACGGUCAGAAAAUUCCUCUUGUAUCAAGCUGUUCAUUAGGGAUCGCGCAGCAGCCCCGGCCCUGUCAGAAAAAUAACCUGUCUGUCCCCUGAUUAAAUAGCUGAACGGAUGGCCGGUCCGGUGCCUUUAGAGAGAGAGAGGUUGAAUAAACUUUCUAUUGCGGAAACAAUCCCAAAGUGACACGCUGCGAGGCAGGGGGGUUCGGAGUGUUCAACGAUAUCCAGCUGAGCUGUCAACUGGCGGUGGGCCAGACACGCAAACCCCCUCCUCUUAGCCUCCUCCUCCUCCUCUCUGUACUACUCCCACUCCCAGUGCCAUGUGAAGCAUAUGCAAUUUAAAAAACCAUCCUCCAGUCAUGCGUGACUGCAUGCUUUCCUCACAGAGAGGAGAGGAGAGAGAGAGAAAAGAAACAUCUUCCCCUGUAUAAACAAAGUCGUCUGUCUGUUUAGGAGAUGUUUAAACAGUUCCUAAUGUCCGUCCAGAUUUGGGUAAUAUUCAUCUGUCUGGUGUUUGGACUUUUUUUGCAGUUGGUGUGCAUAAAUAUUGUCAGAUGCAAUCGCGGGACGCCGGCGGGGGAAGAGUUCCUGCUCUGCCUGGGCCUUACGUAGAUCCUUUAGCAUUUAGAAAACAUCCCAGAGCUUGAAUAAAGAACAGGAUUUGUAAUUUUCCAGUAAUUUCCUCCCUCUCCUUUUGUGCCGUGUUAAAAAAGUUGGGUAAAAGUGACUUAUUUGUCGCAUUAAAGCAGCAAAAGAGGCGCCGUCGUGUUCAAACAUUCUCACCUGGUUUAUGUCAGCGCUCUGACCCCUCUCACUUCCUCCCAUGAGUCCUGGAACGAGCAUGCCAAUUUUGUUUUGAUUGGCAUAAACCCCCCCCCCCCACACACACAUAUAUACAUACACACACUCACUCACUCACACACUGUAACACUCAUUCGUGCCGUCGCUGUGUACUCGCCCGGCGGUGAAGAGGCCCUGAUAUUGCACAGUAGAGUAGAUCGGUCAUUGGUGUACUUUAUCCACUUCACUUGGCGUGAUGCGUGCCUCUCGUGACUCGCCGCUUCCCUGCGCUUUCGCUCGGCAUCGCACACGCCAAACAAUGCGUCAAUUCUGCUCGCGACCGGCAUCCUCUGGGGAAAGAGAGCGCGUCGGGGGCCUCUCCGCUACUGUAUGCGUUUUUGAGUUAAAAUAUCAUUAGCUUUGUUGUUUUCAGGUCAAGGCAUGUUGGCAUAUCGGAAAUAUUGCCAGAGGCUGCUGCUCCAUCUCCCUCUCUCCUUUGCCUCUCGUGCUCAUCUCGCAUGCUAUUAAGCUUUCUAGUUAUCUGCUUUUGAUACUUAGCACACUAUAUGUCGUUUUUACUCAUGCACGUCAUAAAAAAACCACCCAUAUGCCUUAAGAUUCGCUGGAUUGAGCCUUGACACUUAAAAAUGUUUUCUUAUUUGUUGGGAAUUAAAUGAGAAAUUAGAUGAAGUUUGUUUCAGCACAGUUGUCACUCUCUCUAAUAGACAAUAAUAACGUCUCACAGACACCAACAGCCCAGCCUCCCAGAUUCCCCUGAUUGACACGCACCCUCAUUGCAUGUCAUGCCUCUGUUUUUCCUCCAGCUUCCUCUUAGUCUGUGUGUCAGUGUGAGCAUGUGUACGUUAAAGCCGCAGUCCCCCCUUUAAAAAAAAGAAAGAAAGAAAAGCCCUCUAUUAAUGUUUCCGGAGGCACAUCUGAAGCGUGACAGUCCCAGGGUGCACAGGAGGAGCCUGGGAGGUGAAUGUGUAUAAUUGAUGAGCAUUCAAUUAAGUGUAAACUUUGUUGUUUUUCCCCCCUUUUCUAUCCAAAAGCAAUGUUGCGUUCUAGCUGGAAUGAAAACUGCCGUUUGGAUCCGAUGUGACAAUUUGUUAGUUCAAUCUAUUAAUCGAGGUUUUACACGAUUAUCUGCGUGGCGUUGAGUCUUCGUGCAGGCUUGAUUAUGUUUGUUUGUUUUACGUAGGCUCUGUUUUUUCUGGCAUGCGACACGGAGAGGGGAGAGGGCAUCUCUUAAGCCCGAGAGCAGAUUUGUUCAUGUGGCUUUAAACACUUCACUGCAUGUAAUCUUGGCCUUGUUUGUCUUAUUGUAAUAGGGUUAGUGUAUUUGCGUGUCCCGUGCGGGGAGGUUUAGUUUCAGCUCGGUUUAGUCUCGUUACCUGCUGGUGGCUGGGAACGCCAAAGCCUCCUGCAUCGAUCAGGCACGGCUUUAUAUGAUCGUGUUGAUUCGUGCGUCUCUGUUAGGACGUUUCCGCGCUGUUGUGUAGCGCUUUGCGUUCCCAGGAGGGAGUGUCACAUCUCUGUGAGGGCCACCAGACACACAGUUGACUCUGCUAUUGACCCUGUCUGCCCUGUGGGAGCAGCCCUGCCCUGUUUGUAUACACACUCGGUAUGGCACGCCAGACUGCAUGUUGUGUGUUCGCCGGUGUGUGUAUGUGUGUGUGAUUAUUGCGUGAUGUACAUUCACAGCACUCACAGCAGUGGGUCAUUGACCCUUUCUCUGCCAAAUGAACCUAAAUGAAUUUUUGUUGUCUCAUUAGGGCCCAUUGAGUUUGAGGAGUGCAAUGCAGCUAUUGCAACUGAAGGUAAGACUCACUAUCACAUCAGGGAUCGACACACUGCAUCAAGAAUUUAGUGUUGUAUUUAUGUAAUACACACAUUAUAGCAAUGAUGUAACAACAGAUAUGCAGGCAAAUAAAGCAAGAAGCAAAUUUUUAUCAUUUUUGAAGUCCAGAAGCAUCGGACUUGGUUGGACUCGAAGCAUUAAAAUUAAUAAGAAUAAAGUUGGAAAUAAAAAUAUCGUAUUUCAAGGAGAGGUAGUGAAUUGAACAGGAAAUAUACGAUGAAUUUACAAGAUAAAAGUUGUAAAUGAACAAGAAAUAAGUUGUAAAUUGACAAUAAAAAAAUCUUAAAUUUACAAGAAAUAAGACAGGAUAUACAAAGGAAUAAAGUCGUAAAUUAAUGAGAAUAAAGUUGGAAAUAAAAAUGUAAUAUCUUAAUAAGAAGUAGUGAAUUGAUGGAGAAAAAUCUAGAUAUAUUUACAAGAUUAUAGUUGUAAAUAAACAAGAAAUAAGUUGUAAAUUAACAAUGUAAAAAUCAUAAAUUUACAAGAAAAAAGACGGGAUAUACAAAGGAAUAAAGUCAUAAAUUAAUGAGAAUGAAGUUGGAAAUAAAAAUGUCAUAUCUUAAGAAGAAGUAAAUUGAUGGAGAAAAAUCUAGAUUCAGGAUUUCAGGAUUAAAGUUGUGAAUUAACAAUGAAAAAGACAUAAAUCUACAAGAAAAAAAGGGAUAUAAAAGAAAUAAAGUAAUAAAUUUACAGAAAUAAACCUGUAAAUGUGCAACAUUGAAGUUGUAAAAUAAGUAUAUAUUCAUAAAUUUAAACUCACAGUAACAAACUUGUAUAUUUAUUAGAUUUAAGCCGAGGAGGAACUUGUAAACGACGAAAUAAAGUCUCAGAUUAACAAGAAUAUACUUGAAAUGAACAAGAUUAAAGAUAAAGUAUUACAAAUAUAUUAAUUUAUGUAAGAAAACUUAGUGAAGUGACAUUCAUCUAUUAGAAAUGUCAAAAAAAUGUGUAGAUUAAUGAGGUUAAGGUGGUAAAAAUGUGAAACCGACAAUAUACUAGAUUAAAGUUAAAGGUUAAAGACUUCAUGAGGGGAAAAUGUCUAAAUGUUCAUCUGUGGACUGGAGCGCCUGAGGCUGCAGUUUCAGGACCUUACUUCUGGACCCUUGUGUUGUUGUGACAGUUGGGGUCACGGUCAAUUAUCCUUCCUAACUUGUCCAUCUCGACGCUUAACCGCAGUACUUGGUGAUAGACGGAUAGUGCUGUCAAAAACAGCAAGGGUCCAAAAAUGUGGUCUUCGGCAAACACAGUCCUCGGGUUUUGAGUUUAACUUAAAAAGAUGAUCCAUGUUCCUUGUGAUAUCCUCUUAUGGUUUUAGCCGACCUUUAGAUAAAUCCUGUUUUUUUCUCACUAAAUUACAGUUUGAUUCUUGAGAGUUCACAACUUCAUCUCCUAAAUUUAUGAUUUAUUCCUUCUAAAUUUACAAACUCAGUCAGGAAAUCUGUUCACCCUGACCCUUUGUUGUACCUUCUUACCUUUAGUGACUUUUUAGGAGAAGUAAUACAAAUACAAACUCUUUGAAACUAUAUAUUUCUCAGUAAAAAGGAACAAAAUGAAGGAAGCAAAUGUUCCUCAAAGGAUGCAUCAAGUUUCCUCAGGUAUUUCAGAAAACUAGCAGCUAUGUGAAACUCAAGAAGAACAUGCAUGCAUCUGUUUAGGCUUUGUCAUGAUGUUCAGUUUCUAGGACGCCAUCAUUCCUCCACUCUAUGGGUCUAUGAGUUUUAUAGGUGGUCUAAAACAAAGCAAACUUUUGCUGCAAAAAAGAGCGUAAUUAAAAAAAAUUGGAUUUCUGUUUUCCUUGCAUCGUUCACAACUCUGCUAUCUGAAAACCCCAGUCCAUGUCUGCUGAUCAAAUGUUCCUCUGAGAUCCUGUUUUUUUUCCCUCUGCGGAAAAACUCUCUGAUACCGUUUGAUUUCUGCUGAUUUGAGAUGAAAAUCUAAAGCAAAUAAAAGUGUUCAUGUUAUUGAAACCGAGUUAAAAAACAACUUUAUUUUACUUUGAAGCGGCCAAACCCAAAAAGAGAAACCAGACGGUCUCUGGCUUGUUGUACAAACUAUCAAGUUUUUUAGUUUAAUCUUCUCUGAUAGCAAAAACAGACUGCACUGCUUUUCAGACCAUCAAGAAAGACGGUUAAAGAUUAAGAAGUCGUUGAACAUCUGUAAAGUUCGCUUCAGACCGCUCUGUGUCCCUCUUGUUUAUUCUCCUGCUCAUUUUGCAGCUGUUGAGUUUCACAGUUAUGUCCUCUAUGAUCCCAAAUACGGACCACAUAGAUUUCACAUUAUGAAAGUGAAGUUUGAAACGCCUAAAACAGGAAAGCUGCAUUUAUCCAAAGUCAGGAAUUCAGAGUGUAAAUCAAGUUAAAACCCACUCAUUCAUUACAAUAACUUUAUUUGUGUUUUAGGUGCUAAACCCAGAAAGAGAAAACCAUUCGGCAUCCCAGGUCGCAGGAAAGACAAGGACACAGACUCCACGUGAGUGUACACCCCUCUGUCUUUGCCUCAGCAGCACAAUCUAUGUGACGUAGCUCUAUCCUCAUGUCACGAUUUUUAAACUUUGUCUUCCAGGGAGUCGACAGAAGUCGAAGCUGCUGUGAGUAUUUUUCUUUUUUUCCCUUUUCGUUCUGCUUAAACACGUGACUCAUCCUCAUCCCCUCUCAGCGUCUCUGCUCCCUCUUGUUUGUUUUGUAGAUCUGCUCGUUCAUUCAUUCAUUCAUUCAUCUCUGUCUGUUUGUGCUUGUAGAACACUGCCAAUGGCGCUCCCCCCGGAUACUACGGCGCCAUCGACAUCCAGAACGCUGUGAGCGAGCCAGCGACACACAAACACACGGAGUGAACACUGAAUCACAACAAGCAAAUUACUUCAAUAAUGUAUAAUGAUGAUCUAAAGAUGAUGGAUUAGUCUUUUAUACUCACAUUUGUGGUAAUCUGAGACAAAGUACAACAGAAAAAAGUCUAUAUGAAGCCCUGAAUUCAAAAAGUUGGCAUUGAAAAACAUAUUUUUGAAAAAAACUCAGAAAAAGUUGAGCAAUUCUUUAAAAACACUUUGACUUCAUGAAAUAACAAGUUGGUAACAUAACUGAGCAUAAAGGAGCAUUUCAGAGAGGAUAGGUCUUUCAGGAGUAAAGAUAAGAAGAGGUUUACGAUUCAGUUUUAUUUAUUGUUAUUGUUAUUUUUUUUAUUUAUAUAUUUUUUUCGAACAUGUGCGUGCAACACAAGAAAGCAAACUGAGAACAAACAAACAAAACCACAAAAUGAGAAUAUUCAAAACAACAAUAACAAUAAUCUAAACAAACAAAAAAAACUAAUAAUAAUCAUGUUAACCCGACAUGUCUGAAGAUGUUGAUUGUCAAAAUAACUUCAUAAUUUUAGACAGUCUGGAGAAAUCUUUGUACAAGAGGGACAAGGCCGGGUCAGGCAGUGCUGCAUUAUAACUAGACAUGACUCUGUAGUGGAAAUCACCGCAUGGGCUCAGAAUUGUCUCUAUAAACACAGCGGGUUGCUGCAUCUAUAAAUCCAGGUUAGACAUGACCCAGAAACUUCCUCUGUGAGCCGUUUAAGAUGGACUGAGGUGAAGAAGAAAACCGUGCCGUGAUCUCAUUAAUCGUAGGUUGGACACUGCUAGGGCUGUCCCAAUACGAUAUUGAUAUUGGACAUUAGUCCGAUAUCAGCAAAAAAAUGGGAUUAUGUUGGCCUGCAUAUAAAAUCUCUGAUAUCAGCCAAUACAAGCAGUCCAUUCCAGACUCGACCCCAGCACCUCUAUCUGUAUCUGUAUCUGUACUAAGAUACUAACAAAGAGGUACUAACAAAGAACCAAGGAGUAGGAGUGAUGUCGGGCCUGUGGCAGUAUUUUUUGUUUAAGUCCGAUAAAGACGUUGCAGCUGAGUGAAAAACUUGUUAUGCACAAGUUUGUGCCAAUAUCAGAUCAAUAUCGGUAUCAAUACUGAAGGCUACAAUAUUGGUACUGUAUCGUUGUAUCGUAAAAGUUGUAUCGGGACACCCCCAGACACUGUGUCCUCUUUGUAUCCAGAAGAUGGCCUUUUUUUUUUAGGAAGACAUCACAUAUUCUAGUAAGAUGCACAUAUUAGAACAGCAUGUCUCUGUAGGAGAAAAGUCCUGGUUCUAAACUUGCAUUUCUUGUUUGUUUUAAAAGUUCCACAAAGUUUGAUUUUCACUUUUUUCUGUGCAGAAUGUUCCCCAGGUGGAUGCAGAGGGCUUCUGCAUCCGACCAGAAGUCAACGAAAACGAUAUCCUUUCCCUUAUUAUCAUGUUUUUUUUUUUCUCUCUCUAUUUUGUUUUUAUCAUGUUGUUGUUUUUGUUGCCUCCUUAACUUUUCUCGCCCUCACAUGCCAAAGAGAACUCCUUCUACUCGUCCAGCGACUCGGAGGACGAGGACGAGCCCAAACGGUUCCACGUUGAGAUCAAACCCGUGCAGCCGAACAACGGCACGCAUCAGAACCGAGCCACCAUCGACGAGCUGAAAGCCUCCAUCGGGAACAUCAUACUCUCACCUUCCACCUCGGUACGACUUUAAAUACAAAACUAAAAACAGGCGACAGAGUAUGCGGACAGAGAUUAGAAACCUGUUGCUGCAGCAGGAGUGUGGUCUACUCGUGCAACACUAGAGGGCAACAGGAGAAUACCAAACCUCUGCUGGUUUGAACACUUCCCCUUUGCUCUAUUAGUCGUGCAACUUCUUCUAUUUACCCUGGAAAGGUGUUUUUUUGUUUAUCUAUUUAUUCCAUACACCAAAUUUUCUUCUUUUUUGUAAGUUUUCAGACUUUUUAAUGACCUCAAAUUCACGCAAAACAACCGUGAGAUUCUUGAAAGAAAAAUAUCAAAAACUUCAGAUACAGUUCCUGAUGCUGUUGGCCUUUUCUGCAGUCUCACUCACAUGCAAGCUUGCCCUCCUCGUAAGCACUUAAGGGAACGCCCUGCAGCAAGAAACACACACACACACACACACACACUUAAAAAAAAACACACACAUAAACACGCAGGACACAGUCCGGUCCGUGACCUCAGUCAUGGAGCCGUUCAUUCAGCCCUCCUGUCUCUCACCAUCACUUAAUCUCUGAAUCACUCUCUUCCUCCUCCUCCUCCUCCUCCUUCUCAGUGAAAAUAGCCGCUGCCAUUAAAAAUUAAAACCCACUACUGCUUGUGUGCAAACAUUCACCGUGCACCUUGUGUGUGUGUUGUUGUUGCAGAGCAGCCGAGAGGGCACGCUCUGUGUCGCGGAGGGGGUCUAGUGGGUUUCACCCGCCGCUCUCUCAGGCUGCAGUGUCACGGCAUCUACUUCCCCGUCUCUCCUCGCCCCUUGUUUGUCUUCUACCUCGCUCUGUUUGGUAUUUUUCCCUCCUCUCUUUGUUUGCUUUCACUCCUCUGGUUUUAUUGGAGCCCACUUCUUCUGGGCAGGACUUUUUUUUAAUGUGGUUAUUUAUGGAUACUUUACGGGGCUAGUUGCCUGUUUUUUUUCACAAAUGUUUUCUUUUUCUCCCCCUUAAGAGUUGAUGAUAAAGAUAAGUUAAAAGUCAGAAGAGUAGGUUUUUUUUUUUUUUAAAUUUAAGAAGGAAGAGGAGAGAUGUUCUGUUUUAAAUGUUUGACUUUCUUUGCUGUAGUUUGGUUUGACUUGCUGUUGAGACUCAAACCCACAAAUACUUUCUGCUCCUGAAAGUGGAGGAAAACAGCGACCGCUGCUUGUGUGUUUCACAUCAAAAAACCAGAGUAGCCAUUAGAUAGUGAUUGCACUUUUUUUUCUUUCUGUUUUGUUUUAUACUCACAGAAAAGUUUUGGAUUAAAGUUAAAACACACAUCCAAGGUGGUGACAAACGUUGCAUCAUCUGGUGCGAAUUACUCUGAGAUUUCUCCUCUUUUUUUCCCCUCCUCCAUCUCAGUGCUCAUUUUUCUGUCUUUUUCAUUUCUCCUCCUGUUCGGUUCUCUCUCCCUCUCUCUCUCUGCGGUGUUCCUUUUAUUGAAACAGCAAUGGAAGUCGUGUGUGUGUGGCCGGCAAGAGCCGUAAUUGAACCCAUUUGCCGCUUAGCGCCUGUGGGACUAAACCCUGGCCUCACAGCUCUACGGUGGUUAAACGCUUUUGCCGUGUUCCUUAAACCCGUUUUGUUUCUUUUCUCCCCCUCUUCGACGACCCCCCCCACACUUUCCUCCUUGUGAAAAUAAAUUCUUUAUUGAAAUUGAUGCUCUCAGUUUCCACUGGGUUGCUGACCCUCAAGAGUUUAUCUUUCAUAUCUUGUGUUGCGCAGCGUGACACGGCAGAUUUACGUCCGGGGGGGAAAAAAGGAAAGUUUCUGUAAAAGGAAAUAGGUGAAGUGUUAGGGGCGCGCUCUUGAACGUCCCUCACUGAUCAGUGUUUGGAGUUCAAUUCACGGUUUUGAGCUGCUGAAUUUUUCACCCUAAAUUUAACGUCUGGUAUGUGUGAGCGGAGAGCAGUCCUGUGAUUUACUGUCUUUAACUCAGAAGUGGAAAAUUUCCACGGCCACUGGGAAUAAUUCAUUAUAUAGUUUUCAACCCAUGAGUUUUUCCUCUAUUUUUAUUGUGGUUUCCACACUUGAAAUAGUAUAUAUUGCUGGAUAAACACUAUCAAAGGAUGUUUCAGAUGGUUACGUUUUUAAAAAAAGGACUGAAUAAGUUUGAACUGGCAAAAAAAACACAUGUGGUGACAAAGAAUAACUCUAAAAAUACUUAAUUUGACUUUGUAAAAGCUGUUUUUUUAGGGCGUAUAAACAUUUGUGUUGUAUCAUAUUACAAACCUAUUUCUAUAACAGAAAAUGUUGAUAAAACAAAAUUUGAUGCCAAUAAAAUCAUUAAAAACCUAAAAAAAAAAAAAAGUUAAAAUCUAAGUUUCAACAUUUUUUUUGAUGUUUUAUUUCUGAAAAUAUGUCAGCCACAGCAUUAAACAACCUGUGUUGUCAAACUAAAGAAGAACAUGCAUGAAUGUUUGUGAUGUCAUUAUUGGAUGAAACAUUUCUGGAUAUCUAUCAUAACUUUAUAAGGGAGUUUUGUAAAUAAAAAGGGAUUAAAUAUCCUGUGUUUAUUUCUUAAAUUGAUUUGCCAGAUUUUUGAUUAGUCUUCUAAGAAAUAUUUACAAACCAGCCUCAACAUUAUGAUCACUUCAUGCAACCCAAAACAACAAUGACACUUUAAUAUAAUCUGUAUGUUUUCAGCUUUUGUUGAAACAUUGUUGAGGUUGUGGCGGUUGACAAGAGACGCUUAUAUUCAAGUGUUUGAAGCAUCUUCCGUCCCUCAUGUUGGUUUAAACUCCUGUGAGGAAUUGUGUCAAUUUUGGCGCCCCCUGUGGACUAAACAGUCUUUGCACAUAUUUCAUCUACAUGCUUGAAGAGUGUUUCCUGACAUGUAUGUAGGAAUUUUAAAAACAGGGCUGUUUCUUCAGCUGCCAUUUUAACAGGAUUAUUGCUGUAAAAAUUGUCAAUCUUAUCGUUAACGGUCGUUUUGGCUUUUGUAUGUUGAGCUAUUUAACAAACGACAAAAAAAAAAAAACUCAUCACAGGAGCCUUAAUGAAGUAAGAAAAAUGUAAGGAAGACACCAAAACCACCUUUUACAUCUUUAAUAAUAACUUUAAAGUACAUUUAUCACCUCUGUGACCAUGUCAACAAAACUUAAAGUGUAAAAACUUUCUGAAAGUGCAGCUCAUGUGCAGAUGUUGCAUUGUAUUCACACUCAAAAAAAAGUCACUUGUAGAAACACAAGUAAGUAACAUGACUUGGUAAAGAAAGGGCAUUUUAGAGAGGCUGAAUCUCUCAGGAGUAAAGACGGCAUGUUCAACACUUUGUGAGAGACUGCGUGAACAAAUCAACUAUUUAAGAAGAUUCAAAUUUAGUUUUUUUUUUCAGUCAUCUAAAUUCAGAGAAUCUGGAGAAAUCUCUAGAAAAACGAACAAGGCGAAUAACUGAUGGGCCCUCUGGCAGCACCGCAUUAAAAACAGACAUGACUCUGCAGUGGAAGUCGCCGCAUGGGUUCAAAAACCACUGCCUGCAAACACAGCACUCUUUUUAGUAAAACAUUGGCUUUCAGUCAUUUCCAGGCCAUGAAUUUCUGUUUUUAUCAACACUUUACGCAGCAUGAAAUUGAGGUUGUAGACUUAUUUGUGCUUUUCCCUCGUAAAUCAGAAAUGUUCAGCCCGUCGGUUAGCGUACAUCUUUGAUUAAUAAAGGUCUGUUUUUGUUUUCAGGGACAGAUGCGGAGGAACCAGUCCAGUAAGUAUUUUCCCUCCCUGACCUCUCUCUAUCUGUGUGCUCUAUAUGCCUGUAUGAAGAAGGGGGGGGUCAACCGUACAGCUUCUCAGCUCCAUUUUUCUUGGCACGAGUUGUUUUUAAAGAGGUUGUCUUUAAAGAGGGAAAAUCCAGAGAGCUUGGCCAAAACCAACACGUCCCCGAGAAAAAGUAAAUAACCGUUCUCCUCUGUAAAUGUGAGCUCGAAGGAUAUUUCCCUCCUGUGGUACAAAUAAGAUAAAUUUCUGAAUUAGCUGUUUAUGUUUGGACAUGUCAGAAAUGAUCUUUUCCAUCUGAAAACUUGCACUUUGUUUAAAAAAACAAAAAAAAAGGAUGUUUUGUUUGUGUUUGUUGUGUCUCCAAGAAACGCCUAAAAAAAGAGCAUUUUGAUGGAGUGUAUCAUCCUCAGAACAGUCUGUGAAAUCUAUUAAUAUUCAACAUCUUUGGAGGUUCUGAAUACAUAACAGACACAGAAAGGUUUGGUUCUGAUCUAGUAGUUUGCUUCAGUCUGCAGCUGUGAAACAGGCACUGAAAGCUGUUAAAUACUUAUUAGGACAAAUGGACCUGAUCGAUGAAAGGCUGUUUAAGUGUUUGUUUUUUUCCUCUGACAGGCUCAGUUUGAUUUUAAGUGUUUAAAGAAGAGUGAUCUGUGCAGCGUGGUCCAUGCACAUCAUCUUUUUUUAAAUACAUAAGACUAAAAACUCUAAAGUAUCACAUCACAGCUCUCACAAGAGUCUCUUAAACCUUCGACACACACAUGGCAAAGCAUGCAAAAAUAAAACAUCCAUGCAAAUCCACUAAUAACACAUCAUAGUGUGGAAUAAUGGCAUUUUGGACACGUUAGCAAAUGAGGAAGUUAUUGAUUGUUUUCAAGAAACCUUUCCCACAAAUGAUCACCAUAUAAAAAUUAUCUUUUGUCUGGACUUUUAUAAUUUGUUUAAUCCUGUAGAUAACCCUCUUUACCUGGUUUUCAGUUCAGUUUUUUGUAAAGUUCAGGAGGUUUAAAUCCCACUAAACUCUAAACCACGAGGAAGCUGUAGACCAGCAUCUCCCACACGCUGAGAAGUAGAACAAUCAUUUUUAUUUUAAUAGAAUUUAAUGGCUUUCAACAGACUAAUGAACAACUUUACUAUUGUUAUUAUUAUCAUUAAAGGGAUCCUCUACAAAAUACUGGUAUUUGAAUAACAAUCAGGUCCUGCUCGGGCAAAAACAAGACACUUCCAGCCGACUUCAUCAGUCAUUCUUUAAAAAAAAAAAAAAGGAUAUACAGAAUUAGACGAUUUUGUUUCUGUGUUUUAGUAAAUAAGACAGAUUUGUUCCAUUGUUAACUCCGAAACACGAACACCAAGUGGUUUAAAUGUCAGAAACGAACGAGAGCAGGAGAAGAAAUUCCAUUAAAUCAUGACUGGUGUGUUUUUUUUUUUUUUUUUACAAUAGAGGUCAAGGGUCACAUUGAUGAAGAACAAAACAGAAUAAUUACAAGUCAAGAAUAAAAUCAGAUUUUUGACUCUCAAAAAAAGAUAUUUGAAGCUGAUGUUUUACCAAAAUUAAGUUGUUAUUUUACUGGACUUAAAGUUGAAAGAGGAAUGAAGGUAUAUUUAUUAUUGGUUACAGUCUGUGAGUCCUAGGCCUUUUUUUUUUUUCAAUUUCAAUUUUUCAAUUUAAACAUCACUCUAUUUGAAUAAAAUAACUGCUUUAUUUGUGUAAAUUUAUGUUAAACUCUGAUUUUAUUCAUUAACUGAUAAGAUUUUAUCCUCAUUAUCUUAUUAUAAGAGCUGGCUGCUCCUCUGAUGUUCCCUCUGUAUGACAUAUAAGCUUCCAUUGUCCAAAAUUAUAACUUAAUUUUAAACAAAUUUACUCACUGUAAUUGAAAUCUCAAACAAAUUUUGCCUUGAUACUCCUGUACAUCUGGGAGGCCAAAGUUUUUGUUUUUUAAUUGUAUUUUCAAAGUUGCCUACAAGCAUUGCUCUGCAGAAAUCACAGCCUGUUCUCUGCUGCGAAAUGAAGCAAUCUACCGCAGCAAUUAUAAAACAUUUUGCUGAGCCGAGUUUUCAUUUAGACUCAAAAAAUGUAGGAAAACAAAUUCAAAGUUUUAAAGAAACAGAAUUCUUCUUAAUCAGAAUCAGAUUUAUGACCAAAAAGGUCCACAAAGAAUUUAGUGUUUUUGGUGCAAAAGGACUUUAAACGAUGAUGAAUAAAGUAAAUUAAACAAAAAAUAAAUGAUAAAUUAGGAGGAUGCAUCAAACAUGUAAUACAGAGCUGCAGAGUUAUGCAGUAAAGUCCAAAAAGAGAAUGAAAUAUUGACUCAUCAUGCGAAGUCUGGGAUGUUUUCUAUGAAUUUCUUCUUGUGUGUGUCUGAUGUAACGUGUCUCUGAAUGGUUUGAAUGCUCCCCUCCUGCAGCGUGUAGAGCUCAGAUCAUUUAUUUACACACUCACUGAUAGAUGUAUACUCUACAUACGCUCAGGGGUCAAGACAGUACCUACAUUAAGCUCUAAGGCUAAGGGUCCCGGUGAGUAUGUUUUCCCUCCAGCAGUUAGCCUGUAACCCCGCCUCCUCCUUCACCCCUCCUCCUCCUCCUCUUCCCUCUCCAAAUAUCUGCCACAGCUCUCAUCUCUGUCCCCUUAUCGGAGCCUUUCACACGGCCGCUGCAGCCAGCUGACACCAGCUAACACCACUGACACUGUGUCCUCUCACUGCAGUUUAUUUUUCCAGAGUUUACAAAGAUUAACGGUUUCAUUUGGGGCUAUUUUUUUUGUCUCUCUGGUGCUUACGUGCUGCUUUAGGUUGCUUAUCUGGUUCUUUGUAAUGUUUGGUAACACUUUAGAAAGGGGAAAACAAUGCCUUAUUUCAUUCUCAGUUGCACAAUCACUGUAUCCCCUGUUGUGAAGUGUUACCAUCACAUUAAAAACACAUUCAAAGUGAACUUUUUUUUGCAGGAUUUGGGUCUGAUAUCAAGUUUUUUUUCACUGUGUGAGGUAGAAAAAGGAAAAUAUUGAAUCCAGCCCAAAUCUUACUGCAAAUAUACUUCUGUGAUUUCUCAUGGCAGACGGUUGUUCUCACUUGUGUGAGUCCAAACCUCAGUUUAUAUUCCUGGUCUAAGGUGUGAUGAAGAUUGAACAUGACUUUUGGAGAAUGAAUUUGAAUACGGGCCCAUGAAAACUCUUGUGUUGGGUUUUUGUUUCAUUUCUCGGUUGGUGUGAAAGUGUUUUAGCUGUCAUCACUCCGUGGAAGUCUGCGGGUUUUAAUUUUCUGUUUGUUUUUCAUUUCGCUGCAGGCGAUGAGCUGGCGAAACCCAGAGUGCCAACAACAUACGAGUGAGUAUGGAAAUGUGCACGGCUGUCAUCGUUUUAAUCACCAUUUCAUGCUUUUGAAACGCUUUGUUUUCUUAUUCUGAAGCGAAUCGAUGUGCUUUUAUCUUGAAAUGCAACAAAGUUUGACUUGUCUCUGCUCUCCUCCUGCAGUCUGGCCAACAAUGACCUCCUCUCUCUGGAUCCCUUUAGUCCAACUCUUGCAGGAAGCUCGAGUCUGUCCGCGUCCUCAUCAACAGGUAAUCCCUGCAGCUCAGUUUGAUCUUGACUCCUGCAGACAAAUGAAAAUUUUAACGUUCUUUUUGGGCCAAAAACUAGCAGAAAAAGGUAGAGGUGUGAUUAGAUCUCGUGUCAUGAAAUCUUGUCCUGCUUAAGCAUGACAAUGGUCCACAUCUAGCUGAUAAGCAGCCAGAAAUGCCCCUGUUAUGUUUGAAUCUAAUGAUGCAUAGAUCUAUGUUCAUGUCUUAUACUACAAUGGCUUGUUCAUUAUCAGGAAGUAUAACUGAAGUCACAACAUGAUGACUAGUAAUCAUACUUUGAAAUUGACCUGCAUUAUUAAGCAUUGAGUGACGUGUUUCAUUUAAAGACUAUUUGAACAGUCAAAUACUUCAGAAUAGAAGUUUUCUCAUAAAUAUCAUAUCAAAAAUUUGUCUCGUCUCACCUCAUGACCCCAGACUUUGGAAUAGUUUUGUAUCACAUCUUAUCUACAGUUAUCGUAUCAUGUCAUAUGAUAUCGAAGCAUACGUUCUUGAUGAGCCUUGACCCAUCUCAUCUUCUCAAAUCUGUGUAUCAUAUUAUAUCAUAUCGUACCGUAUCGUAUUAUGUGUUAUCUAAUGGUAUCAGUAUGGUAUCUUCUUAUCUUGUAAUGUUUUGUCCCAUCUCAUCACCCUAAACUUGUGCAUCAUAUCCCAUAAUAUUGUAUCGUAUCAUAUCAUUUUGCAUCAUAGCAUAAUGUAGCGUAUCAUAUCAUAUCGUGUCGUAUCUUAUAUCGUAUGGUAUCAAAUCAAAUUGAACCAUAUUCUGUGGUAUCGUAUUGUAACCUCUUGUCUUAUCUCAUCAAUUUGUGUAUCGUAUCCUGCAAUAUUGGGUUAUGUCAUGUCAUAUCGUAUCAAAUAGUAUCAAAUCUCGUCUUGUCCCAUCACAUCACUAUAAGUUUGUGUAUCCUGUCUCAUGAUAGUAUAUUGUGUGGUACGAUAUUUUGUCAUAGCAUAGUUUAGCGUAUCAUAUGGUAUUGUGUCAUGGUAUCGAAUCAAAUUGAACCGUUUUCUAUCGUAUUGUAUCGUAUUGUAAAAUAUUGGGUUGUGUCAUGUCGUGUCAUAUCGUAUUGUAUCUUCUCAUCUUGACCCAUCUCAUCACCUUAUCCUAUCCUAUCAUAUUGCAUUGCAUCGUAUCGUAUCAUGUUUUAUCCAGGGGUGUCAGAUAGUAUUGUAUCUUCUUGUCUUGUCCCGUCACAUCACUAUAAAUUUGUGUUUCCUACCUACCUAGCAUAUUUUAGCGUUUCAUAUCAUAUUGUCUUGUAUCUCAUAUUGUAUGGUAGUGAAUCAAAUUGAACCGUACUCUGUAUCGUAUCGUAUCAUAACAACACGUGUAUCGUAAAACAUCGGGUUGUGUUGUAUCGUAUCAUAACAUUACGUGUUGUGUCGUAUCGUAUCUUUUUUUAUCUUCUUGUCUUAUCCGGUCUCAUCAACCCAAACUGUGUAUCAUACUGCUAGUACUGCGGCACACUGCAUCGCAUUGCGUCCUAUCAUAACGUAUCAAAGCGUUUUGUAUAGUAUUGUAUUGAAUUGAGUGUAUCAUCAGACCUCUACUGUCAGUUUACUUAUCUCUUACUAGACUGAACCUCCCAGCUUAAAUUUUUGGGACUACAGGUUUUAAUUUUUGGUCUGGGGUUGCUUUCUUCUAGUUUUCUAGUUUGUCUUUGCUUUAUUAGAUCUUUUCAUUCAUAAAUAUUUGCACCGUUUUAUUUCACAUUCAAGCCCUAAACAUUUUCUUUGGGCUGAUAGAUUUUGAAGAAACUACCGUCACAAACCGUCGGUUUCUCUUUGUGUCUCGGUGUUUUAAAACACACCGCUCAACGGGUGUGAUUCUCAUGGCUUUAGUUCUCGACACCAGUGUUUAAACAGAGUGACAUUAGCGCUGACCCAUUGCCUAGGUUAAGCGUAAUCCACAGUUAAUUGGCACCUAGUUGAGGUCAGCGGGUCGGCUAUAAAGCCCACUGGCACGUAUGUUGUCAAACAGUGUCUCGUUACUGUCAAAGGUCUCGGCUUAGAAGUCAAAAGAGCAUCGCACGGUGCCCUGAUUAGGAUAGGUGGAGGGAUUUAAGGGCCGGCUUAGAGCCUGUUAAAUCUCUCUGUGUACAGUGAGGCGGCUUUAGCAGCUCCUAACACACACACAUGACACAUUCAACAAGUCAAGUGUCUGAGUUUGAAAAAGAUUACACCUGCAGUGAAGGAAACAGAGGAGUUUGAGUUAUCCAUGUUGUGUUAUAUAUUUUAUUUAUUUUCUGUUCACUGAAUUUCAUUUUGUUUUAACGACGCCUUCUGAGUUUAUUUGUGUAUUUAUUUUGAUUUUGCACAUUUCUCGUUAGACCUUGCCUCUGUCUUCCUUUCAAUCCCUUCAUCUCCAUCUUUACUGAUGGAUGACGUCUUUCUUCCAGAGGCUUCAGGUAAAAUGUGUGAAACCCAGAGUUAAUGUGACUUUGCCUUAAAGGAAAACUUAUGACCCUAACUAGAAAUGUUCAUCCAGAGUUUUCUGCAUGUUUGUUUAUGUUUGAAUUUUAAUGUAUAACUCCUUCAAAUGCAUGUGAACAUAUUUAUGUCAGAGCGACCUGUCUGUAAAUGGUAAUAUUCUUCAACAGGGUUAUUUCUCUGCCCACUUAAUACUGAGAAGGAUUGGUGCAUGUAUGGUCAUUAUGCAUGGGUAUUUAUGUAAAAACAAGACAUUAAAUCAGAGUUAAAUUAGUAUUUGUACUUCCUUAUCAACUAGAGAAGCAAACCUGACCUUCUUUGUAAAGACUAAAGGCACAGUUAGGUGAGGAUUACAAGACUGAACACUUGUGAGUUAUAACUGCAGCCAUCACUCAGAAAUUAAACUUUCUCAUGUUUCUGAGACAGUUAUCUUGUGAUGGUUGAUUUUCUAACUGAUGAGCAGGGAUUUUUCUGUGGUCAUGUGACUUAAAGCCUGAUCAGUUCAAACUGAAUACGUGGUAUUUGUAAUGUUAAUGGCGUCUGUCGAUCACACCACUCCUCCAGCUGAGACGGCGCUCCAACCCGAGCGCUCUCCCCCCCUAGCAGAGAGCCAACAGUCCAAAGAUGUCUCCUCUUUCUCCUCACCGGCAUCCUCUCCCUGGGACUCACCUGAAAACCCUUUCCAAGCACUCAAGCCCGCACCAGCAAGGGCGCAGAGCGCCCCCAUCACCCUGCCUACCGAGCCAAUCGACCCCAUCAAAAACCAGGUGGCUUCCAGCCCUCCAAAGAGCGUGGACACCUUCUCCUCUGUGUCCUGGUCCCAGAGCCAGUGGAUCGCCUUCAGUGAUAAUCUUGCUCCACCUCGCCGUCAGGGCUCGGGGCCGACAGUGAAGGAGAUCCAAAGGCCGCAGUCUGGGUUCGGCAGGUCGAGUCGCUUCCUCUCGGAUGAGUCUGCUGAGGCGUACUGCAGAGCUGGAGGCAGCAGAGAGGACGCCACCCUGGGUUUCUCAGAUGUCUUCUCAGGGAUCACAGAUAGGGCGAUGGCUGCAGCUACAUCAGGCAAAACAUUCAAUGGUAACAUUAUUAGAGACUGUGCUGUAUGCCUGAGGUUUGGAGCUUUACUUUGACUUUUUAUUUGAUCAUAAAUUUAUGUUCUUUUAAGGUGCAUUUGUUUUGUUUCUAAAGCUUGACUGUAUUUUGUUGUUUUUGAUUCUUUGUGGUUUUUGGUUUUACUUACUGCCUGGUUUGCAACGUUUGUUUUUGAGUUUCGUGUUAUUUGGUUUGAAAUGUGUUUGAAAUAUUUCAAUUUUUUACUUUUAUGUCUGACAAAAGUUUUCUUUUAUUUGUUUUCCUUUAUAAAAGUUGUAAAAAUGCAUGAUUGUUUCGUGCAUUAACUUGAAAGAAGUGCUCUUGUGACUAGUAAAUACUUUAUUUUGCACCAAAGCCCGAUAUGGGAUUUUUUGAAGGCCGAUAUUUAUGACUCACCUGAUUUGCUAUCACUGUUUUUGUCUCUACGGAGAGCCAAUAUGAGCGGAUUACCGAUAAUCAUGUGAUCCCCAUGGCCCAAACCGAGCAGAAAUCGGCCUGUUAAUAUCGGCCUACAAAUAGAUCUGUCAGGCUUUAGUUCAAACCUGAUUCCAGUGCUGCUUAUCUGUCACAAACCAGUAAAACUUCACUGUUUUUCUUCAUGUAGUACCAGCGCCAAACCGGCCCACAACCCCGCUGACAGCUGGCGCCCUGGUGCCUCCACCCCGACCGUCCUCCAGGCCCAAACUGUCCACCGGGAAACUCACAGGAAUCAAUGAAAUUGUGAGAGAAACACCAUCUUUGUUGUGUUUUACUGUUGAAAUCAAGUUUUCUAAUCUUUCACAGAAUCUUACCUGUUUGAUUGUCCUUCCUUCUAUCAGGUACGGCCAUUUAGCCCUCCUAAAACCUCCAACGCCAGCCCUCCUCCGUCAGCACCACUCGCCAGAGCAGAGAGCUCCUCCUCCUUGUCCUCGAACGCCUCGCUCAGCGCUGCCAACACCCCCACCGUCGGUGAGCAUCCGCUUCCUCUUUCUACCUCCCUUUUCUUGGACUGUAUUUUCUCCUUUUCUCCCACUGCUCACUGACCCUUUUCUGUGCAAAACAACCUUCUGUUUUCCUCUGCUUCCUUCCCUCCUUUCCUCACCUCCUCUCCUCACAGGAGCCGAGCACACCUCUGCUCUCCCCCUCUCCUCCCCAGAGCCAGAGCUGCUCUCCCUCUCUCCUUUUUUCCUCCUAAGCCAAAGUGAGUCUUCCUCUCCGAGCUCUUACUUCCCUAAAAGACGAUCCUUUCCAUCAUCGUGUCUCAUCUUCAUCCAUUUCACUGAUUUUAGGAGCGUCAUCAUUAGCGCCUGUUAGCUCUUUGCUCAUCAUCUCAGCCUGCAAACAUCACACAUUUAUGUCACUGUCAGCAUCGUCUCUCCUCACAUUCUCUGGGUUUGUUUAUCUCUCUCUUUUUUUCCUUCUUUACACCUUUAAUUCGGUGUAAAGAGGAUGAUGUGUUCAUAGCCAAGCUGCCAACCUUUGAGAAGCGAAGUGAAACACCAGCAGGUAUGAUAAAAGUUCACGAGAGAGAUAUCCUCUGAAUUUAACAAAAACUAACCAACAUCCGUGUCCCGGAGGAAGCUGGAUGGAUAACAGGAUUUCUUAAUUAGCUGUGAUUGCAUUUUUGAGUCUUGUAUGCCGCUCAUAAUCACCUUUUUCUCACAUGUUGUUUUAUGUCAACAGCAUCCACUUCUAACAUUGUAAAGAUGUCAUGAUGUAAUGAUCAAGUUUUGACCUUUUUUCUAACUUUUGAAGGUUUUAAAGUCGGGAUGUAACGAUACCUGGAACAUACAAUAGGACAAAAUACAAAAUAACACUGUACAGGACAUGAUACAGUACAGUAGGAUACAAUAUGAUACAGUUCAACAUGAUACAUUAGGAUACAAUACAUAUAUAAUAAAGUUUAAUAUGAUACAUGAGGAUACAAUAUGAUAUGAUACAGUUCAAUAUGAUGCAAUAAUAUAGUUGUAUUUGAUUUGGUACAAUACGAAACAGUGUAACAUAAUAUAAUAGAAUAUUAUACAAUAAGCUACAGUUCUAUACAAAACAAUUUGGUAUGAUAUAAUAUGGUACUAUAUCAUCUGAUAUUAUGUAAUGUACGAUUGAUAGUGAAAAUAUCGAGAGCAGUCUGGCUGCAGACCUCCACUGAACGGACCAGAAGUUGUUAAAAGCCUUUCAAAACAAAAGCAAAUUUACAAGGAGUACCUUUGUUUUUUUUUUAUUUUAGAGGUUGAUUGAAGCCUUUUAAAUUAAAAGCGAUUACUCUGGAAAGUACUUUUUUUGUUUGUUUGUUUUGUUUUUUUGUCUCGUGAAUAUAUAUAUUUUUUUCUUUGGGUUUUAUUUUAUAUAUUUUAUGUUUGCCUUUUUUUAACCAGUAGGUCAGUUUGUUUCAGGUUCAAAUAAAUAAAUGAAUGCGCUUUUAUUUUGAAAUGAUGUAAAAAGGUACUUCUGCUGCAUCCUGUAGUUAUGAGUAAAUGAAAUAGCUAAAAUAUUAAAAAACAUUAAAAAGUAUUUAAAUAAUAACUAGUCGAAAAAAAUGGUCAUCAGCUUGUAAAAUCAAAAGCAGAUGUAAUCUCCAAGGUGGCCCUAACCACACUGAAUGGAGGCCAUAAAGCCCAGAAAUAAAUCUGUUUUUUUUUUUAAAAAGGAAGAAAAACACUAACUAUACUCAGCUGUUGUACCUCAGUGGUCGACCAGCUAUCGUCUAUGUAUGGGAAACACUGUCGGCGCAUCUUACACUGCAUAAACUUCACCUGCUGCUGCUCCAUCUCUGUUCAGUUUAAGUCAUUAAAGACGAACGAGAGCAGUCAAAACGAUUACACAUCAAAAUUCUGCAUUAUUUUAGAGCCUCUAUUUAAAUAACGCCCUCUGCUGUUCGUCUAGGACACAGUAGUUUAUGUUUAUUUUGCUGAUUUUAGUAGUUUGUACACAGAUUUUCAUGAGGUACCGUUACAUCCAUAUUUAACCGCUAUAAACUGAGAAGUUACAAAUGUUUGAAAGUAAUUUGUCGUAAUUUGUCCUUUUUGCACAAAUAACCGACUGUACUGACUUGUAAUGCAUUAAUGACUGACUGAAAUGCAAUAAUACAAAUAUUCUGGAUAAUGUUCUGCAUCUUUGCAUGAUCCGAGUCUCAAAUCCAGAUGCCAGAUUUGAAAUGUCUGACCUGCACCUGUCUCUCAGACCUCAAAUCUUUCUCUCUCUCAUUCUCAGGGACGUCUCGCGGUCCCAGCCCUGUGACCCUGGCAUCCCAAGAUGCUUUGCCCAUUGCCGUGGCCUUCACAGAAUCGGUUAAUGCUUACUUCAAAGGAGCUGAUCCCACUAAGUGAGUCUCACAUGACCUCUUGCUGCUCAAAGGCCCGGACUCAGACCUGCACGCAUACGCAUUUUUGUCCAUAUUUGACCUUAAAGCAUAAGAGUACAUGGAUCUGCACCCCAUGGUCCUCCGCUCAGUGUGCAUCCUGCCAAACGCAGCAGCAGAGGGCUUCUGAGUGGAGUGUUACCGCCUCUCGCUCUGCAUGUGUGGAAUGUUUUGCGUUAGUCUGACACCAUUCUUUCAGAGUGGAUAACCUCCAUGAGGCCGAUUAUAGUCUGGGGCAGAGAAAACAUACAGCCUUUUAUUGGUUAACUGCUGCUAAAUUGCUGCUGUGCAAAAGGCUUAUUUUCGCAGGGAUUAGCAAAUGGAACAUUUCAGAAGCAAUGCAGCGGAGACACGGUGCGAGGUGGAGACCUGCUGUUGGCCACCGCUGCUGAGUCCCACCACAAGAGAAGGAAGACUCCCCCUAAAUCCAGAAAGCUUUCAAAUACAGGAUUUAUAUGAGAGCGUAGAAACGCAUAGACAUAGAUGAGGAAAAGAAGAUGAAGACGAGUUAAAUCUUGGAUGGUGUGGGCGAAUAUCUUCUCCAAAACCAAUAUCAGAGUGUAGACGACAGAUGCUGGUCCACAGUUCAGGAGAUGAUGUGGAUGCCUUGUCCAAACCUAAACAACUUCUUUAAAAAUAUGCGGUCCUUCUGCAACCUGCAAACACAGUGGAUAAGGAAGAAACACAUAGGCGUAGAAGGCAGCCUAUUUUUUCUCAUUACAGGAGCUUCUGCUUGCUGUUUACAACUGGCGCCACCAUCUUAAAAUGUCAACUCGGGGGUUAUGUGGAUUGUUUAGACUUUUUGAAUACGCUAACUUCGACGUCACUUAACUCUUUCAUUUUGUUUAAACUUAACAGGAAGUUGACUUUAAUGUUAAAAACUGUUGAAUAACAGACGGAAAGAUUUAAUCCAAACACAUUAUAAAAAAAAAUACAAAGAUGACCUCAAAUCUAAAAGCUGUCUGCUCAUGCUCAAGUUGUCUGAGAUCCAUCUUACCCUGUAAGAGCAGGUUUUAGAUCCUCCUCUGAAUGAGGGGUACUUGGAGUCUUUAUAGCGAUCAAGAUCAUUUUGUUCUGCAAGAAUAAUCUCUUUAAGCUUUUUAAGGUGUGAUUCACGCUCAGCUACUUGCUUUUACAGUUGAGUAAUUCAUAACUGGCAUAUCGAUUAGCUUUUAUCAAUCAUAAAAGUAACUGAAUGGAGUUAAACAGACACAGUUUGAGAGGCAAGGUUAGAAUUCAAAGUCCUGAAUUGAAAGAGAGUUGAAGGAUAUGAUCUUUAGAGUUUGUUGGAGUGUAUUUCAUGAGUUACUGAGUCUAGUACCAGCUUGAGGGACUAUUUGAAUGAGCCAAUCAGAGAAUAGUCAUCUGAGAUCCAUGAUUCUACUCCAACAAGUUUGUAAAGUGAGGGGGGAUGUCAAGUCUCUUCUCAGGAGACUGUCAACAAAUGAACAGUUUUGUUAAUUGUCUUUUUUUUUUCCACAGAUGCAUCGUGAAGAUCACAGGAGACAUGACGCUGUCCUUCCCCAUGGGCAUCAUCAAGGUGUUCACCACCAACCCCUCCCCCGCCGUGCUCACCUUCAAACUGAAGAACACCAGCAGGUUGGAGCAGAUCCUCCCCAACCAGCAGCUACUGUUCAGGUGAGUCAUCUCAAAGACAUCACCACGAAAAAACACAGUCAUGAAAGUGAAAGCCUGCGCCUCUGCUGAUGAGCAGAUUCGAUGUCGGAGUCGUGGUUUGGACUGGGAGACUUGAGGAAGUGUCGCCUGCGUCAGUGAGAGGAAAUUCAAUUAGUAAUCUGAUAUAAAGCUAUCAUUACGCUGUCAGGGAACUAUUUUCCACCAGCCGGCUUCUCAGCAGCCCGUGUCUCUUCUUCUGAAAUACUUCACGCCCACAGCCGACUUCAUAAAACAGCUGCUUCAUUUAAAAUACAUGCAUCCCUCUCACCUCUUCAGUCUCAGUCAGAGGGCUUUAAAACAGAUUCUACCUCACAUGCAGUCACAGAGUCAGUAUCCCAUGACGUGCAGGAGGCUGCCUUUAGAAAUUCGGCCUUGAUGACCCCAUCUUAAUUUUUCAGUCCAGUAUCUGCACUUUUUGAUGUAGAAGGAUGCACGAAAAACAAACUGUUUACCUGUCUCUCUUUCUUAUUUAUUGACAAAAAUCUCUGUAACUGUUAAUGCGGCUUCAGUUCUUCACUUUAAGUAUUCAGAUUUAUGUUUGAUUUUAAAACUCAUUAAAUUAAAGGUGGGUUAGGCAGGAAUGUGUUAAAGAAGCAUCUUUUUUUGUGGUGUAUUUACAAAAAAAUUUUUCAAAUCAGUCAAUACCUAUUAGUUAUUGAUUACAUUUGGGAAUAUAAUGAUAUCGUAUGAUAUCCUAUAUUAAAGGUGAAUUACACCAUUUAUAAAGACUGCUAUAGUAUUAAAACAUUCAGCAAGUGUGUAAGAUUUAAUGUUGGAUGUCUUGCUGAAAAAAAAUGAAGGCUAACAUAUGAGAUUAGUGGAGCUAAACUGCUAAGAUAAAAAAAAAAAAUUAUCAAAAGCUUCCCCUUUCAGAUAAGCCGGGUAAAUAAACGCCUUCUUUUUGAUAAAUGAAGAUCUCUGGAGAAGAAUUUCUGAUAGAAACAAAGAUCUGAGAUUCUCCUCCAUCUGUCCUCUUUGGGUCUCAGAUUCACUGUAAAAAGUAAGUUUGGCGACUGCAGAGCUGAAUUUAAUGGAUCUAAACUUGGUUUAAAUUAGAUUAUUAUGAAGUAAAAAUGCAGGAUUUGUCAGGUCUGCCUUUAAGAAGAGAAGAAAACAACUCCUCCUCUGCUGAGUGAAGGUUUUAUCAGUCAUUUAUGAUUUAUACCAAAGUGUGAAGACACUCGAUUAACUCAGUUUGUUUUCAUUUUACUGUACAGUACAAUUGAACAAUACUGACCUAAAUCUGUGUCUAAUUUUGCCUUGGAGCUUUUCCUAAAAUAUUUACAGUAAAAUUACAUCCUGCUCUUUUUUUUCAACAUGUAAUUAUCCAGUCCCUCUUGGUUACCCAAAUACUACAACACAUGUCCUACUGAAUUAGAGACAAUGUCUAAAUUGAUGCAAAACAAGGUCACGUCUUCAAAUUAACUAGUUUCACACACAUUUAUAAAAAAGGAGACAGAAUAAAGAGUCUGAUUGAGUCCUCGUAUGUGUAACCUGUUGUUUUUUUUUAUUUCCAGUGAUCCCUCCCAAAGCGACUCAAAUUCCAAGGACUUCUGGUUCAACAUGCAAGCACUGACGUCCUACCUCAGAAAAGCCUCCGAACAGAAUCCCUCAGCUUCGUACUACAACGUGGACAUCCUCAAAUACCAGGUCAGUCAGCCCACGGCCAGCCAGGAAAUUUCAAGCUUCUUGAAUCCCGUUUGAAUUUGUUCGUCUCAGAGUUUCCUUCAAAUACAAAACUGUGGUUCUUCAAAAUCAAUGCUGCUUUUUUUUCAGUUUUCUCAUUCGCUCUCUGUCCCCCCUGAGUUCAGGUGCUCUCCGAUGGGAUCCACUCAACUCCUCUCAACCUUGCCGUUUACUGGAAGUGCACACCGAGCACGUCGGACCUGCGGGUGGAUUACCGAUACAACCCAGAUUCCAUGGCGACCCCGGGUCCACUCACCAACGUCCAGAUCUUAGUGCCUGUCGACGGAGGAGUCACCAGCAUGCAGUCUCUGCCCAACUCGCUCUGGUAGGACGUGCCUCUUAUUAUACCAGCAUGAAAACAUGAAAACACCACAGUGGGUUAAAAGUUUUCUUUCUUGUUUUAGGAACGCGGAGCAGAACAAGUGUCUGUGGAAGCUGACUGACAUCUCAGAGAAGUCCGAAAAUGACGGUAGAUCUUUUAUCCAUCUUUAUGUCUGAUUUUGGCUGCAAAUGAAGGAAAAGAAAAUAAUGAAUGGCUACUUUCAUUAUGGAAAUAUAUAUCUUGAAUUACACACGCAUACAGCUUUAGUUUAAACUUCUCGUAGAAAACUUUUUCAGUAAAGAUGAGAUCGCUGAGUUCAUUUCUGUUUUGGACCCCAGGCGCUGGUUCUCUAAGGGCCAAAUUUGAGUUGUCGAACGGCCCGUCGAACCCCUCCACCCUGGCGGUGCAGUUUAUGAACGACGGGAGCACUCUGUCAGGAGUGGACAUGGAGCUGCAGGGGGCAGGAUACAGACUUUCACUCAACAAGAAGAGGUUUGCAACAGGUACGCAACCCCCUCUGUAUCACUGAUAUACUGCUGAUGGCGCUCGAUGUAAGAAAAAACCAAACUCUCAUUUUUCAGUCAGAGAAAUUUCAGCUCAUUUCAGUCAGUAGAAUAAAAGAAGGCUGAUUGUUUAGUCGUGAUGAUAAGACAGUGACAAUAACUGAGGGGUCAAAGUCAUGAUUUUGGGCUAAAAGUCAAUUUUACAAACACAAAGAAAAAGAGUUUUGAGAUGAAAAAAGUUUGAAGAUAAAAAAAGUCAAAAUUAUGAGGUAAAAAGUAAAAAAAAAUUAAUAGAUGGUCAUAUUAAUUUGGCACUAAGACAAACUUUAAGAUACAAAGACAUUGUUUUAAUUGAUUAUCUAAUAAAUAUAUUGUCUCAUAAUUUGACAUAGUUUUAAAUUCUUCCUCCGUGGGUUUUGAUUUGUAGUCUCGUAAUUUUAACGUUUAUCACUUAACAUCUUUGAAUCUCAUAAUUUUUAAGUUUUGUCUUAUAAUUGUGACUUUUUUUUCUCAUCAUUUUGGCUGUAUGUCAUAAUUUUUACUUUUAGUUUUGCAAUUUUGACUUUUUGUCUCAUAAUUUUGAGGUAAACAGUCCAGGUUUAAAAAUAAAAAGUCAAAACUAUGAGGUAAAAAGUAAAAAAUACUAGAAAGUUGGUCAUAUUUAUGAGGCACUAAGAAAAACUUUUGAGACACAAUGACAUAGUAAUGAUUGAUUAACUGAUAAAUUUAUUUUUAGUCUCAUAAUUUUGAUUUUAUGUCAUGUAACAACUUAUUUUCUCAUAAUUUUGGCCGUAUGUCAUAAUCUUUACUUUUAUUUUUGUAGUUUUGACUUUUUGUCUCAUUAUUUUGACUUUUUUUUCCCUUUAAUUAUAACAUUUACCUCAUGAUAUUGACUUAACAUUUGGGAUUUUUCUGCAUUGAGGCUUUGUGUCUUUUUUUGUCUUUCUGCUGAAAAUGUUUCUUCUAUAAAAACUCAGUUUAAGGGAGAACAAAAGGUUUCCUCUUACAGGCAUUAUACAGCUACUACAAUUGAUAUAGUGAAUAUAGUGAACUCAGUUGUACAGAUUUUUCAGAUAUGACUUUGAAAAAGUUCUGUUUUCUAAAGUUAAGAAUUUAGAUUAAGAAUUUUCCUCCAUUUUAGUACAUUUUCAACCAAACAUCAAGCUUGACUGUGAUAUUUUUAUGCUGCAGACUGAGUUCAGUUCAUUUUUGACUCUGACUGACUCUGCUGAUCUACCAUGUGACAAUAUAGCUUUAAAAACCAACUCAAGCAUUGUUGGUUUUAAGAAAUUAAUUCAUAAAUUCACAGAAUAAGCAAACUUAGAUGUAUCUGGUAAUAGUACAUGUUGAUUGGCAGAUCGUUAAAGCUCUAAUAACCCCGUCUGCACUCUUUUUCCUCCCUCUUGCAGGACGUUACAUGGCAGAUUGCUAA